AGCGGACAAGGGGAUGGGCGGGGCCUUGUAUGUGAUCGGCAGCCCUGUGCGCCAAUAGCGUGCCGUGCUGCCUUCCGCUCAGCCAAUGGCGCCGCGAGUUUUGCUGCUGGGGGCGGGGCGGCUAGCCGUGGCGAGGCUGAGGUUGGCCGGUUGUGUGCGCGGCGGGGGUCUGUGUGAGGAUCUUUCCAGCGGAGGAAAAUAAUAAUAAAAAUCCCGUAAUCACCGGGCGGAGAGCGCGCGAAGGGCCCCUCCCUCACUGGCCGCCGGAUGAGCGGGGUCUCCCCCUCCAUUUUGAAUCGGGGUCGUUGCUGCGUCUCUCCCCCCUCCGGCCGUGUAGGCCUCACCGGGCUGAGGAUCCCGCCAGCAGCGCGGCCUACAGGGGGUGAAGGAAGAGGCCGCCAGCCCCCCCUCACCCGUCAACCCCGGGCCGGAGAACGCAGGAACCUCCUCUGCCCAGCCCCCCUUCCAGGUAACCACCACCUCCUAAAUCACCUCACAGGACUGCAUGCCGGGGCCACCAGCACACCACCAGGGACCCACCAGCACACCACCAGGGACCCACCAGCACACCACCAGGGACCCACCAGCACACCAGCAGGGGCCCACCAGCAGGGGCCCACCAGCAGGGACACACCACCAGGGGCCCACCACCAGCACACCACCAGGGGCCCACCAGCAGGGACACACCACCAGGGGCCCACCAGCAGGGACCCACCAGCAGGGGCCCACCAGCACACCACCAGGGACCCACCAGCACACCAGGGACCCAACAACACCAGGGUCCCACCAACAGACAUACCCCGCCAGGCUGCCAGCCUAGCACAACCUAACACAGCUGCCAGCCUAGCACAACCUAACACAGCCCCCAGCUGGCAGCCUAGCACAGCCCCCAGCUGGCAGCCUAGCACAGCCCCCAGCUGGCAGCCUAGCACAGCCCCCAGCUGGCAGCCUAGCACAGCCCCCAGCUGGCAGCCUAGCACAGCCCCCAGCUGGCAGCCUAGCACAACCUAGCACAGCCCCCAGCUGCCAACCCCGGCACGGCCCCCAGCUGCUGCAGAACUACUCCAUGGCUGGCAGAACAUCAUGGGAGUUGUAGUUCCGCAGCAGACAAGGUUUUACUUCCUGCCAGCACCUGCUGUAGCAUGUUAGAGUGUAAGCUCUUUGGGCCAUUGUAAACAUGAGGCAGGAGCUCCUGGUUGAGGCUAAUUGUAACUCAACUACAUUUCCCAUGAUCCUACAAUAUCAUUUUAGAACAGUGUUGAAUUGUGCAUUACUAAAGCAUAGAUUAUAUGAUCUGACUAGUUGGCUUUCUUCAAAUAUCACUCUCAUCCACUAUUAGAUUGCGAGCUCUGUGGGGCAAAGAGUAAGCUUCCAUUUUUUGCUUUGAUUCUGACUUUUGGUUAAUCAUUUCUUCUUCUGCUGUUUUAAGACAGUGUCGUGUCUGAGCAUCAUGACUCUUUUUAUAAUAUUAAUUUUCCUUACAAUAUUCAAGUCUCCUUUCAAAACCUGAAAGAAUACAAAGCAGGGAUGUCAAUAUAAUACAUUAAACAUACAAACGGAGACUACAGUUAAUACUAAUGGAUCGUAAGUGUUGUUAAAAAAAAAAAAAAAAAUACCCGGAGAUAUGCAAGUCUCCAUAAGCUGGAUGAGCAUUGUAGGAUCUGUAAAAAAGUUUUGCUCUUUUUCUGCUCCUGAAGUAAUUAGUUUAUAUAUAAGGUGUAGACAUUUUUAUUUUUUUUUAAAACCAGCAGCCAGAUGGACAUACUUUGGAGCCUAUCUGGCAUUGUUGGAGACCAAUAUAGAUGUAUAUCUUUGGGGCUCGUUGUAGCAGUACUAAUAGUCUUUGUAAGCCCUGCUCUAAAAUGUUGUAUUACCCGUUAUAUUUUGUGGGUAUAUGGUGGUUUAGCUGUGCCCAUAGCUUGCCUGAUUGUAACUUGUUCCAUUGUAUCCCCCCUCCCCCAGCAAUGUUUACAUUCCUGGAUAUCCCCUCCCCCCUGGGUUAGAGAACUUAUUGCCAGUAAAUGGUGAAGAGAUCAGGCCUAUAAUUCUUUUUCUCUCUUUCUCUCAAUCAAUGAGACCGAUAUUCUUGAGCUUGUAUUUUUAGUCUAGAUCAGUUUCAUGGAAUUAUAGUUCUUUUCAGCUGUCAUCAAACUGCAACUCCCAUAAAGCCUUGACAUGUAAGCCUGGCAAGGUUCAUGGGUGGUGUUGCCAAAGAACUUGGUAUUUUCUGUCUGGUAAUUCUCUAAAUUCUACAGGCAUUUCACAAGAAUUUCCCAUCGCAAACUCAGGUUGAGCGCUGCAGUGCCUUCUGAAACAAAAACUGCAAAUAAAGCUAUAGUAUUUUGUCUUUUUUAACCUUUUAAUUGCCAAAGAUGUUGGAAUACUGAACAAAAUUUAUUGAUAGAACCUGUCCACUGUAAAUUGUGAAGUUCCUCCCUGUUUUGCAAAUCUGACAUUAUGGCAUGAUAUAUUCCACUAUAUGUAUUCUAUUUUUUGUUGCUGACAAAUGUUAACAAAUAUAUUUAUACUUUUGUAAACUAAAACUUGAAAAAUUCCCUAGAAUUUAGGAGCCAGGAAAAACGUUAAAGGACCACUAUAGUGCCAGGAAAACAUACUCGUUUUCCUGGCACUAUAGUGCUCUGAGGGUGCCCCCACCCUCAGGGACCCCCUCCCGCCCGGCUCUGGAAAGGGGAAAAGGGGUCAAGCUUACCUUUUUUCCAGCGCUGGGUGGGGAGCUCUCCGCCUCCGAUCCGCCCCGUCGGCUGAAUGCGCACGCGCGGCAAGAGCUGCGCGCGCAUUCAGCCGGUCACAUAGGAAAGCAUCAAUGCUUUCCUAUGGACGCUGGCGUGCUCUCACUGUGAAAAUCACAGUGAGAAGCACGCAAGCGCCUCUAGCGGCUGUCAAUGAGACAGCCGCUAGAGGCUUUGGGGGAAGGCUUAACCCAUUGAUAAAUAUAGCAGUUUCUCUGAAACUAUGUUUAUAAAAAAAAUGGGUUAACCCUAGCUGGACCUGGCACCCAGACCACAUCAUUAAGCUGAAGUGGUCUGGGUGCCUAGAGUGGUCCUUUAAUUGGCAACACACAUUCCUAAUUAAAGGAACAUUCUAUGCACCAGCACAUUUUUUUAUAGCAUUGUAUAGUUUUGCCCUAAUUGCCUUUUUGCAUGCUUAAUGUUAUAUUGUUUUUGCAGAAAACAAAUUGGGGUGUUCUGCAUAUACAGUCAUAUCUCCCCUAUGUUGAUGGUUACUGUACCUGCAUUUGUGAUGUCUACUUAUUUUCAGUCUGUUCUUCCUAAGCAAAGAUUUGAAGGAGUUUUCUUUCAUCUAAUAGCUCUCAUAGGUAGAAAGCUGAUAACAAAAUUAAGUCACAGAAAACCAUAUCUGAGCAGAUCAGAGACUGUGCACAGACUGCUUUAAAAAUUACAAUAUUAAUCAGCCUCUACAGAGCUCAGAAUUUCCACUCACUAACCAUUGGUGUAGAAAUUCACCCCUGGUGCCAUGGACCCUUUAGACUCACAGUGGUGAGUAACUUUUAGGCAUGGCUGGUAGUGUAAGACUUGAAAUCUUGAGCUACUACAUACUAUGGAAACUAAUGGGUAGUUCAAGAUCUGUGUUUUGAUUGAAACUACGAUGCAAAUUGAUGUAUAGAUUGACAGUCUAGUAUUGAGGCUCUCCAAAGAGAGUUGGAUCCCGAUCUGCACUUUAUUUCUUGUAGUUCUUUGUUAACCACGUUCAACAGUUCAGACUCCAUAGGCAAUAUUUAGAGGCUCGUGGUUUGAGCAGAACUGAUUUGUAUAGGGAUUUGCACACAAAGGUAUUUGAAAAGUGCAAAUAAUUGAUUUUAAAUUUGAUAUAUAUAUAUAUCAUAUAUGCAAAAAGGUGUCAUUUCCACAUUUAGUGGGAAGGAGCACUAUAGGGUUAGGAUACAAAUAUGUAUUCCUAAUGCUAUGGUGCCCUGGUGGCUGUUUGGGCACCCACCUAUAGGGAGGAAAAAAAGCAGUUUCUCCCUCCACGCUGCUGUUAUGCUUCCUUGGAUGAGGUCAUACUUUCCCAUAGGCGAACAUUGGGAGUCUCCUGCACAUGUCUGGCAAAAUGCCAUACUGCGCCAAUGAGAAAAUGCCUCUAGUGGCUGCCUGCAGAAAUGAAACCCUACAAUAAAAAAAAAUCGCCGUUCUGCCUAAUAGCAAUGUUUUUAGUUAUGUGGUUUAAAUGGGGAUGGGGGAUUGGGGCUGAUGGGGAUACAUAGCAAUUAGACAAUAUCAUUGACAUGUAAUAGUCUGUGUGCCUAUAGUAUACUCGUAAUCAAAAUCAUACAUCAGUCACUUGCACGUGCUGUAUGCACACAUGUGACUAGUUGUGCACUCACCUAUACCUUCAAACAUACUUUGCAAGAACCAUUUUUGCAAAGACUGACUGUUUUAUAUUGCAGUCUUCAAAAGUAAAGUAACUGCACCCAGACCACUUCAUUGAAAGAAGUGGUCUGGGUAUCUUUGGUGUCCAUUUAACCUGUGAUUAGGACCCCUAAUAAAUCCCUAUGCUUUCAGCAGGUUCUAUUUGUUGAAAGUGUUAGUACUGCCUUCCACAGUGCACCAGAGACCCUUGAAACUGGAAAAGACACUAAGGUGUUUCUUGAUCAAUUUAUGAGUUGAUUAUUCGUAGGUAUCGCUAUAUUGCUAAUGAUUUCACACAGUGGAUCAUUAUAUUUUUAUAAUGAUUGACAUGCUUGGACAGUCACCAAAAUAUCCCAGGAGAACAAGUGAUUGUCUCAAGACAUCAUUGUUUGGAGAUCUCACCAUGCAAGCAGCAAUCUUAAUGCAAAUGUUGGUUCUGACAGCUCCGAGAACAUAGGUGUCCGUAUCAGAACUUUACUGACCUGUGAAAACUCUCCUAGACCGACUGCAUGUCGGGAAAUGCUGGCAUUGUUUGUGUCUGCUCUCCUGCGUCCCUGUUCACCCUCAGCAAUUAGCAUAGAUUAUAGUCUUGCCCAUUUCCUUCCCAUUGUAUCCAUCUUUCAUGAAACGUAACCUUUAACUUAUAUUAUUUUUAUUUUAAGGACGUAAGUGUUCCUCCAGUAAGAGGGAAGAUUAUUUAAAUGUAAUUGUAUAUAAAAACAAUUAAGGAGAUCCAAGUCUGUUUAUCACUCACAGUAAUUGUCAGUGACAGGGUGACUUGGAGCAUGUAUAGUUACUGUGCUAUUUCCCUGAAUCCACAGCAACAUCCCUUUUUUUUUAUAAUGGUUUUAUUUUUUUAUUUAUAAACAAUAAAUUCCUUAGUGUUAGGUGGACUAACAGACAUGUAUUUGCAAUAAGACGCAGGGGAACAGAGGGUGUUGAGGGCCUUGCUCAGACGAGCUUACAUGUACCUAAUCUAUACUUGAAGUGGUUGUAAGAGAGAGGUUUAGGGGUAAGUCUGUAUAUAAAGAAUACACACAAAAUGAAACUUUAACAAUUCUCUAAAACCACAUAAUAUGCAAAAGUGACACAGAUGGCUAGUUAAAGUGUCUCACCUCAAACUUAAUCAAAUAGAUCAGAAAUAUAUAGAAAAUAAGAACAGAUUCUGGAAGAGGAACAGUAGGAGACAGGUAAGCUUGAGGUGACAGCCACUUUAGGUAAUUCAGUUAAAUGCAUCAUACAUCUACCAACUGCCUAUCUGAAAGCUGGGACAUAAGCAGAAUAACCUACUCCGAACGUUUCGCCAUAAAUCCUUUUUCAGGGGACUAGCAUGUAAUCGGUGUUUACAUACAAUACAAAUGUAAUAUGGUGGCCAAACAUGAGACCUUUUGCAAUGUCGCAAUUUUGUCCCUGUAAUUUCACCUAAAUGAGCAAAGGUUAAAAAAGUACAUUUGUAUUUGGGGUCCAUGUGGGAGGGAUCUAGCAGAACACAGAUUUUAGUAAUUUCUGCCUUCCUUUAUGUAUAUGACCUGUAAGUGUGAAUAUAGUAGGACAUUGAAAUGUUCUUAAAAAAAAAAAAAAAAAUGAGAACAAAUGGAUGAAUCCAUUUUCACAUAUUUUCUUUAGUUCCUCAAUAGAUGUCUUAUUAUAAGUCAACAUGAGUGUGCUCCUCCCCCCCUUAAUUUUUAGCAUUCUAAAUGAGUAUUUAUAUAUGUUUGGUAUAAAAAGAAAGCCAAAUAUUUUAAAAACCAAUGUAUAAUACACGUUUUUGCACUAUAUGAGUGCGAAGUAAUGUACAAAUGAACGAAGACAGCACAAAACUAAAAAUGUAUCUUGUACUUGAGUUGCAUAACCAACCCUUGUCAUAAAGGGGACAACGUGCUUACUGGAACAAAUGCAUGUACAUGGGUUAAAUACCCAUUGAAUCAACAAUAGUAGCUGCAGGACUCAGUGUGAAUGGCAACAAUGUGUAGAAAUAUGUAUCAACUCGUUAUUACUUUACUCCCCAUAUGAGGGCAAGAAGAAAAAACGAUAACUUAAAAGUUAAUCUAGUAAGGGUUUUUGAUACUUUGUAAAAAAACAAAAAACAAUACAUUUAAAGAUCACUAGGAAGAAUAGCCAUAUAGUAAUCCUACUGAAGUAGAAUACAGAGAACCAUGUCAUUUAUAAAGUGUAGCUGACAGUUGUCUUGUGUAAAAAAAAGAUUUUAUUAACACAUACUGUCUAACAUGCACACAUAAAAAUGAAUGACAGAUACCCCAAUUGAGGAGAGCAAUGUUCGUUUGGUAUACAGUCUGAGGCUACAAAAUGGAAUAUCAAUCUCUCACCGGCCGGACGAGAUCGAGUGUAGACCAGAAUUCUAUUAUUGUAUUUAUUUACCAGUAAUAAAGGGUUUAAAAUAUGCAAUUAGAAUAGAUACUAUUUAAGAAGAAGAGAGAACCAAGAACGCCAUCCUCUGAAGAAGUGAUCGUAUGAUCAUAGAACAGAAUUCUAUUAUUGUAUUUAUUUACCAGUAAUAAAGGGUUAAAAUAUGCAAUUAGAAUAUACUAUUUAAGAAGAGAACCAAGAACGCCAUCCUCUGAUGAAGUGAUCGUAUGAUUACGAAACGCGUAAGGCGGCAUUCUACACUGGUCCCCAGGAGAGCAAGCUGGAACGCAUCCGAAGCCGCAGUGGAACGCACGCGUCUGACAUCCAGUUUUUGACACCGCACGAGGAGGUCUACACUCGAUCUCGUCCGGCCGGUGAGAGAUUGAUAUUCCAUUUUGUAGCCUCAGACUGUAUACCAAGCGAACAUUGCUCUCCUCAAUUGGGGUAUCUGUCAUUCAUUUUUAUGUGUGCAUGUUAGACAGUAUGUGUUAAUAAAAUCUUUUUUACACAAGAUAACUGUCAGCUACAUUUUAUAAAUGACAUGGUUCUCUGUAUUCUACUUCAGUAGGAUUACUAUAUGGCUAUUCUUCCUAGUGAUCUUUAAAUGUAUUGUUUUUUUUUUUUUUUUACAAAGUAUCAAAAACCCUUACUAGACUAACUUUUCAGUUAUCGUUUUUUCUUCUUGCGAGGCCUCAUAUGGGGAGUAAAGUAAUAACGAGCUGAUACAUAUUUCUACACAUUGUUGCCAAUAUACAACAUUUCUAUCAUUCACACUGAGUCCUGCAGCUACUAUUGUUGAUCCAAUAGGUAUUUAACCCAUAUAUCCUUUAACCGUAGGUGGCGGUCAUUUCUUGCAGUGACAUAGUGUUUUUGAUAACCAUUUUUCAGGUCUCAUUGCACUACCUUUAUAGCUAUACACCAGGGUAUACUGGUGUUUACCUAUUAGGUUUUUUAAAUGCAUGUACAUGUUUACAAAAUUAAAGGUAUUUUAAAUAGCACAAAGUGGUUUUUGCUAUAGUUAAUCUGUUAAUAGAUUCAGUAAGUGUAAAAUCUUAUUUUGUCUCCCAAGAAUAUAUCGGUCUUUAAUACAGUAAAGCAUCACAAUUAUGUGCUGCCUGAUUUUAUCUUGCUGCCUCAGUUGAGUCUAUUAGUUUUUUCAGAUAAAACAGGAGUCUGUAGACAAGGGUUUUUAUCCCCAAGAAGACAUGUUUAAAAGAAAGCUGUUUUUUUAAAAAAAGUUUUUUUGCAUUGUGGCAAAGAAAGCCUUGUAAGUGGACUUGAGGGAAUCAACGAAUUUGCAUGAAUAUAUCCCAUUCCAGUAAACUGAAGUAACAAAUCACAGGGUGGGACAAAAUUUAUAGUAGGAUUUGACAGGUAAAUGACUUGUUAGUAGUUUUAUUUUUGUUGUUGUAACUACAUAGAACUGAAUCUUGGGAGAUUCAUCUUGGGUAAUUUCGUGAAGGAACAGCGAAUUAGCCAGAGAAAACAAUGAAUUUAAUACAUCAACUGAUCGUGUCUGACGAAACUCAUUUUUAUUUAAAUGGCUUAGUCAAUUAACCAAACUGUCAUUUCUGUGGUACAAAUCUCUAUACGUUAAGCAUUCAGUGUAUAUAAUCAUUAAAAUUAAUUCAUUAAUAGAAAAUAAAAAAAGCUAGUGACUCCUGAAACACUAUUCUGAAUUUUUUGCCCACCAUGUAUACCCAUACCUGUUCUAUUUCAAAGUAUAGCUGCUGCUUUAAAUGUGAAAAAGUGAUUCUAUAGAGCAGGGUUAGGCAACCUUUUAGCAGCGCUGUGCCAAUAUAGGAUUGUGAUGUCCCGUAUCGUAUUGGUCCUAUUUUUUUAAAUUGAACCGUGUAUGCUGCCGUAUUCUGCUUGUUAUUUUUAUUGAAAUUGCUUUGUAUCGUUGUAUUUGUGCGUAUAUAAGCUAUUAUAUUGUAUAUGUUCAUUAGUAGUUUAUGGUAUUGUGUAUGAUACACUUGAAUGUGGGCUGUGUAUGAGGGCUGCUUGUGGAAUUGUGUGUGUGUGUGGGGAUGGAUAUGUCACAUUGUGUGUUUGGUAGUGUGUGGGGGCUGUUUGGGGUAUUGCAUGUGAGAGGCUGCAUGUGGGAUUGUGUGCAUGUAUGUAGAUUGUUAGUGGUGUUGCGUUUGUGGGGAUUGUGUGUAUGUUUGUGUGUGGGCUGUUCGUAUUAUUUGUAUGAGGGGAGAGUUAUUCUGCAGCUCUGUGUAUAUCUAGCAGUGUGGGUGGCUUCCCUGGGUUCCAGUGGGGACCAGGCUGGCCAGGUACAGGUCAAGGACAGGAGCUGCAACAGCAGCUGUGGGCUGCUCUACUACAGUGUGGAUUCCCAUUCACAAGUGCUUGGAGGAAGUGAUCUGAGAUCACUUACUCUACAUUCUGCAAUGCAUAAAUUGAGGAUUGUCCUUCACCACAUUUUCGUAUUAGCAGAUAUCUGAAGUUUCACUGAGACUCCUGAUAGGCCAGAGCCUGUUUGGCUCUAACAGCCUUGAGUGCCGUGGAAAGACACCUUGAGUGCCGUGCAUGGCACUAGUGCCGUAGGUUGCCUACCCCUGCUAUAGAGCAUACAAAAAAGCAUUUUUGUAUGAUGUUUGAGAGUCUCACACAAUUACCGCCUCAUUCCCUAUAUAUUUUACAAAUAGCUGCAGCUCUCUGUUAACUUUUAGCCAUCACUUCCAAAUUUCCCCCCUGCUAUCUCUUGUCUCAAAUUCCCAUUAUAUGCUUUAGAUUGUAAGCUCACGGGCUAUCUAGCUAAGCACUUUGUUUAAAAGAGCUUCAAUAGCUAGAUCUAAGCUUAGACAGGUUCCUCUUCACCUUUUGUAUAGGCCUGUGUAUAUUGUAUGUUCUCCCCUAAUUGUACAGUGCUGCGGAAUUGGUUGGCGCUUUAUAAAUACCAGUAAUAAAUAAAAUAAAAUAAAAAAAAAUUCUGGAAAGGAACAUUAUAGGCACCCAGUGGUCUUGGUGCCUUGCCCUGUUGUUUUAACCCUGCAAGUGAAAACAUUGGCAUUCUGCAGGAACAGCAAUGUUUACAUUGAAAAGUUGAAAUACCUCAGGGGUAGGCAACCUUCAGUACUCCAGAUGUUGUGCACUAUGUUUCCCAUGAUGCUUUGCCAGCAUUAUGGCUGUCAGAGCAUCAUUGGAGAUGCAGUCUGUAACAUUUGGAGUGCCAAAGAUUGGCUACCCCUGCUCUAGUACAUGUUAUACUAUACUGCAGAAACUGCAUUGUGAAACUAUUUCAAUCAGAUGGUCCAUUUGAUUGGCGCAUAGCCGCCUUUUGCUGCGAAUGCACAGUAGUCUCCCAGUUCUUUCUUAGUUAAUGAUCUAAGCCAUGGAGGCAUGCUAGCAGUGAGGGUUGAAAGGUAAGUGUUUAUCACCAUUCAAGCCUUCACAUGGCAGGGAAAUCCUACUAUAGAUAAAUUAAAACUAUAACGUUUGGAAUCCAUGUUUGUUUUCCUUUAAGAUAACAUAUUACUUUGUCAGAGGUAACCUAAUGGCAGAACUUCAGAUGAUGUACAACUGCAAUAGUCUGACGUUUGGCUAACUCCUGCUUUACAUUCUGUGUAUAGACUUAAUCCCUUACAGAUCACAGGGUCCUGUCUGAGCUCCACAAGCACUUUGGAAUAUUGCAAAGUGCAUGAUGCUUAGAGCUCCAUCUGCCUACUCUCUUUUCUGAUAUUAGGCUUUAGUGCUGCCAUUAAAAGAUUGCCCAUUAGGGUUGAAUAGAGAAGUCUCUCUUCCAGUAAGGCUACUAUGUUUAAAGAACAUUUCUAAACAUUCUGCGUGAUGUUUGGACCUGCUGUUUGGGGAUAAACUGGUUAUCCCAUAACCAUCUAAUGGACAUGGGGGUUAUAUGAUAUUAGUCACCUUACACCAGAAUAAGAUGCUUCUGAUUGGAAUAUACAAAUGUAGCAGGGGUUGGCAACUUAUGGCAUUUGAGGGGUCUUUGCAUGGCAGACUAGGCUGCCAGAAAGAGUCUGGAAGAUCGGAGGGAUAUCACCCUAAACUGGCCUGACAGAGGUCCCAGUAGGACUUAAUCAGUUACCUGCUAGUGCCUGUUUGCAGCCUGCAAUUAACUCAUGGUAACUCUUGGAGGUAGUUAUCUCCGACCACUUCCUCCCAGUGCUUGUGAAGAAGAAACCACACUGUCUGCUGAAGCGCCUACACUUGCCAUGUGCCUAGUUAGCCUGGUCCUCACAUUACCCCAGGGAAACUUCCUAAUGCUGUUAAAUGGUAGGCACAAAGGAUGGCUAAAAAUAACAGCACUGUCAAUGUGUGGUAGUGGUUGUUAGUGUGUUUAUUGCAAUUUGUAGUAGAGUGAAUGUGUGUGUGUUUUAGAAUUGUCUGUUUACCAGUGUGGUAAUGGGUAACUGUAUGCCCUGGUAGUGUGUAUUGGAGGGGUUACCACAUAUACCACAAUAAUGUAAACUGCUUACACACAUACGUGUUAGAACACAGCCCACGUAUGCACAAAUACAACCCCACAAAGUAGCUGCAGCACGCAUGCAUAAAGCAAUACACACAAGUAAUUAAAAUAAAAUAAAACACCCUCUGGAUUUUACAUUUUUAUUUUUUACAUAGUGAUAUGGAUAGUAAUGUAUACAUUCAAGUGGUUAUAGUGCCGAGUCUUUGGUUGCCUUUUUUCCAUUUGGUGUUAACGUGUUUUUUUUUUUGUUUUUUUUUAAACUUGUUUUUCAGAUUUGUAAACCAGAACAAAGGGAUUUAUUUUUUUUCUUAUUUUCCCCAAGUGGUAAAACAAGUCUUAUAAUUAUUAGUAGUAGUAUUAGUAGUAGUAUUAUUAGGAUAUUUAUAUAGCACCAUCAAAUUCCGCAGUGCUUUACAAUGGGUGGAGGAACAGACAUGUAGUUGUAACCAGACAAAUUGGACACACUGGAACAGAGGGGUUGAGGGCCCUGCUCAAUGAGCUUACAUGCUAGAGGGAGUGGGGUAAAAUGACACAAAAAGGUAAGGAUAGUAUUAGACUAGUGACAGUUGCAGAAGAGGAAUCAGUCAGGAGCUAUUAACAGUUUAAUUGAUACACUUUUAUGAAGAAGUGGGUUUUUAACGAUUUUUUUUGAAGGAGUGGAGACUGAGUGAGCAUGUAACGGAGGAGGGAAGCGAGUUCCACAGAUACGGUGCAGCCCUCGAGAAAUCUUGAAGGCGAGCAUCAGAGGUGGGAGUACAGACAGAAAAUACACUUAAGUCUUCAGCAGAUCGUAAGGGCCUAGAUGGGACAUACUUGUGUAUAAGGGAGGAUAGAUAGGUGGGAGCAGCAUUAUGUAGAGAUUUGAAAGCAAGAACCAGAAUUUUAAAUUGAGCUCUAUAUUUUAUAGGAAGCCAAUGUAGGGACUGACAGAAGGGUGAGGCAUGGGAGGUGCGGGCAGACAGGAAGAUGAGCCUCGCUGCCGUAUUCAUUAUGGACUGUAACGGUGCAAGUUGGGAGCACGUAAGACCACUGAGAAGCGGAUUAUAGUAGUCAAGGUGAGAAAGGACAGUGGAACGAACCAACACCUUAGUCGCAUCUGGCGUUAAGUAGUGGCAGAUGCGCGCAAUGUUUUUGAGAUGGAAAUGACAUGAUUUGGCGAUAGAACAUGAGGCUUGAAGGAGAGGUUGGAGUCAAAGAGAACACCUAGGCAGCGAGCCUGCGUGGUGGAGCUGAUGGUAGCACCGUUGACUUGGAGGAAGACAGACACAGGAGUAACAACACUUGAGGGAGGAAAGACAAGAAUUUCAGUUUUGGUCAAGUUUAGUUUAAGGAAGUGAGCAGCCAUCCAGUUAGAAACAGCAGAGAGGCAGUCAGAGACAUUAAUUAAAAGGGACGGGGAGAGAUCAAGAGAGGACAGGUAGAUUUGCGUGUCAUUUGCAUAGAAAUUAUAUUGGAAGCCAAAGGAGCUAAUGAGUAUAGCAAGGGAGGCAGUAUAGAUGGAGAACAGUAGGGGACCAAGGACUGAACCUUGGGGGACACCAACAGAGGAGUUGGGGAGAAUCCGCCGAGCCAGAGAAAGAAACACUGAAAGAGCGUAUAGUAUUGGUAAUAUAGCGCCAGCUUAUUCCGCAGCGCUUUACAAUAAACGGGGAAUUUGCCAAAUGAGACAAUAACAAAAUGUAACGGGAACAAUAGAGGACCCUGCUCAAAUGAGCUUACAGUAGAGUAUUAGAAGAUUAUGACUUUCUUGGUGCAUAAAGUCAUGCUUAAAGUUAUUUUAUUAUUUAUAUAGCACCAUCAGAUUCUGUAGCGCUGUGCAAUGGGAUUUGCCAAGCUCUUGAUGCUAUGAAUACGUAUUGAAUAUAUUACCGUAUAAAAAUGACUAAGGCAAUACUGUAUUCCACCAAGCGAACAUCUCUCCUAAAAGAAGAACCAAACCAAAAAGAAAAUACACUAAUGUGUGUAUGUAUGUGUGUAGUUGUGAUUUCUAUUGGCAUGUUUGCUAGUUUGAACAGGGAAUGUUUUCAACUUUAAAAAAGAGCAGAAUUUGGUAGAAGGUUGUAAGAUCUUUGUUACAGCAUUCGGUUUCGUUCUAUAUUUUUGUGUACCUAUGUAUUUUCAAUACUUUAACGGAGGAAUAAUUGUUUAGGUGGUUUAUGUGGCUUGUGGUUGAGAAAGGUGGUAUUUAAAAAAUAAAAUAAAAUAAAUAAAAAAACAUUUUACCAUGUAAACCUUUUUUCUAACGCUUUAUAACACUUCCUUUUUGCAUGCAAAAUAGCACAGUGGUUUAAAUGGCAAUCCAAAGUGCACCAACCUUUUCCUGCACAGGAAAGGCUGAUCUUGUUGUUUGGGGUUUAAAUACGUAGUCAUUUGUACGUGCAAAUAUAUGUAAACAUGUUGCUUAAACUACUGUGGGAUUUUCUUUUGCUUCUCCUCUGUGUGCAUCUUGGGAAUUCCUUUCAGUUGAAUUGUGUUUUGAGACUGUUUCCACAGGCAUUUGCAGGCACAUGUGGAAAGUCUGUGUUUGUUUUUAUUUAUUAUUUUUUUUUAUAUAAUAUAUAUCUCAUGUCUCCUGUGCCUGGCUCUCAUGUAUGUGGACAGACCGUUCAGUUCUAUCUGCCGGCACACUAUAGAUUAAAAAAAAAAGGUUUCUACAGUUCUUCCAGACUGCAGUCAAGUGUGUGUGUAUGUGUGUGUGUAUAUAUAUAUAUAUAUUAUAUAAUUUGACAUUAAUCAAGAGGGACGGGGAGAGGACAGGUAGAUUUGCGUGUCAUUUGCAUAGAAAUUAUAUUGGAAGCCAAAGGAGCUAAUGAGUUUAGCAAGGGAGGCAGUAUAGAUGGAGAACAGUAGGGGACCAAGGACUGUACCUUGGGGGACACCAACAAAGAAGAAAAAAUGUAUUCUCAUUUAACAGCUGACUGCCUGAAAUGUAAUAUAUAUAUUACAUUUCAGGCAGUCAGCUGUUAAAUGAGAAUACAUUUUUUCUUCUUCUAGUUGCCACAUGUGAACAGACCUGCACCACAAUAAUCUAUUGUAUUCCAUAUUUCAGUGUAGUGGUUUAAUAGAAAAGCCAGAGUUAGCGCAUAUCUUUGGUGAAUGGUUUGAAUAGUUGAAUAUGUGCCUGAACAAAAUGCCUCUGGAAAUGUACUUACAGUGAAGAAUAGUGAAGUGCUUAUUUUUUAUAUAUAUAUAUAUAUACACACACACACACUCUCUUCUCUCUGGAGAAUUUUUUUUUUUUUUUUCCUGGACCAUUUAAUGUCAGACUCUAUUUCUAUAUAAAUACAAUGUUAAACACAGGUCUGCACACCAGUCAAGCCAUAAGACUUUCUUUCCCGACUGAAAUCUCACAUUUGCAGUGCUGUUACUACUGCAAUGGAUUCUGGGUGUUCAUAUGGAAAUUAGUUAAACAAAGAACCACCUUUUUGCCCAUUUGUUUCCACUUUAUUCAUGGAUUUCUUGGACUAAUAUCUGCUGUAUACAACAUCCUUGACACACCACUCAGGAGGCGCUGCAAAGCCAGAUAACCACUCGUGGACAGCUGUUUUGUCCUCGAUGCAACUCAUCAGCAUGAUGUUGGUUACUGGCUUGUUAUUGAGGCUUGGAGUUACUUGUGUAACAUAAUCCAAUAGUUAUUGUGGGGAAAAAGUUAUUGACAACCCAUUCCACCUAAAGCCAUUGCAUAGUAAAUAAAUUGUUAAACACAGAGCUGCAACUAUAUAGAUAUAUCCCAACGCAUCAGACAGUGAUGUCAUAUCCAGUUAUUUUCUGUAAUGAAGGGGAAAUGCAUGGGUAACCUCCCUGGAGUUGAGGGGCCUUCAAGGGACAUAACACUUCCUAAGUACAUGAGGAAAAAAAAAGCUUAGUGGAUAUACCCCUAAUGAAACAUGCAUUUGAUUAAUAAUAUUUUAAUUCAGGAAUUCAUUGGGAAGAACUGUUAUUAGCAAUAAUCAGCAUGUUUUUAUGAAACAUAGGUCAUGUCAAACUAACCUAAUUGCAUUCUACGAAGAAGUAUAGAUCAGGGUGUUGCAGUGGAUGUGAUCUACUUGGUCUAGAUGAAUAUUCUUGUUCUUGGGUAGAACAUUGGCUUAAGGAUAGAGUAUGAGUUGUCAUUAAUGGUAAAUUUUCAAGCUGGACAAAAGUGGUAAGUGGUGUCCCUCAGGGUUCUGUUUUGGGACCGCUUCUAUUUAACAUAUUAAUAAAUGAUCUUGAAAUGGGCAUUGGAAGCCAUGUAUCAGCGUUUGCAGAUGACACAAAACUUUGUAAAGUAAUAAAAUGUGAGCAGGAUAUUUCCUUGCUGCAGAGGGAUUUGGAUAGAUUGGGGGACUGGACACUAAAAUGGCAGAUGAAAUUUAAUGUAGAGAAAUGCAAAGUUAUGCACUUCGGGGUUAAGAAUGCACAAGCAAUUUACUCCCUAAAUGGUAGUGAACUAGGGGUAACCACACACGAGAAGCAUUUGGGAAUCGUUAUAGACCACAAAUUAGGCAGCAAUAUGCAAUGUCAAUCUGUAGUUGCUAAGGCCAGUAAGGUUAUGUCAUGUAUAAAGAGGGGCAAAAAUUCUCGGGAUGAAAAUAUAAUUUUGCCUCUUUAUAAAUCGCUGGUAAGACCACACCUUGAAUAUGCUGUGCAAUUUUGGGCACCUGUUCUAAAGAAAGCUAUAUCAUGGCACUAGAAAAAGUGCAGACACGAGCUACAGCAUUAAGCUGUAGUGGUUCUGGUGACUAUAGUGUCCCUUUAAGAAUUAAAUUUGUGGUGUUGAAAAACCUUGCUCCUAACCUUUUUAAUUGGCUCCUAGAUUCCAAGCACAUUUGGCAAGCACUGAUCUAAAAGCAACUUUCAAAAGUUGCAGAUCUCAUCUGCAAUCUUUACAUACCCCCCUUCUAACACUCCAUAGACUUUUUGUGGAUGUCUAACCACAGACUUUCCAAUGCAGCUCAAUGAGAAGUUUUUACAAGGUAUGUGAUCUGGGCAAUUGCUGCCUUUUGAGUUUAGCUCCACUGAGCUAAGCAAAAGGAAGUGACAGGACCAGUUGUUGGAAAAGGGGGUGUAACAAAGGUAAAGGGACAUAAUAGUUACCAAAGCAACCUUAGUUUAUUGAAGCAGUUUUGGUAUAUAGAUUAUGUCCCUGCAGUCUACCUUCAAAGUUCUCUGCCAUCUAGGAGAUAAAUCACUUUGUUUAUGUAGCCCUGGUCACACCUCCCUGCAUGUAACCUACAGAGCCUUCCUAAAUACAUCCUGUAAAAAGAGAUCUAAUGUUUACAUUUCCUUUAUUGCACAAUUGGUUUUUAAUUUGGAAUGUAUUAUCUCCUGCACUUGUAAUAGCUUGAUAGCCCUUGCAGGAACCUCCUGUGUGUGAGUAUAGUUCAAAUUACAAAGCAGGAGAUAAAAACGUCUAAAGCAAGUUACUAUCUGAUUGAAAAUUAAACCUUUUCCUUUAAGCAGGCUGUGAGAGUCACAUCCAUCGGAGGUGUGGCUAGGACUACAUGGAUAUAAACAAAAGUAAUACAAUUACAAGCCCCUUGUCAGCCAUCCCCCACACCACUUUCAGAUAGUAAUCCAGUUUAGGUCAAAUUUUAUAUUGAUGCAUUAGUGUUAAUGCAAAGAAAGUUUUGAAAGAUCUUUUAAUACAGCAUUGCAGAUAUACAGUCCAUGAAUGGCAGUCACUGUGACCCACCACGCAAAAAUGCUUCUCAACACUAAGCGUUGAAUGCUUCAUAAUUUGUGAAUAUUCCCAAGUGACGAGCUUGGUGUCAGCUCGACCUGCUGUUUGUACUUGCCCACCUGCCAGGUAACCAUCUACCUCCCACAAUAUAUCUGCAGCUCUUAAUGGUUACGUUAGGAUAAUGCAUGCGUACACACAGCAAGCUGCCUGCAGCGUCCUAAAGCUGUGUCCUGCGAUGCAUGCUAGUGAACAUGACCAGAUACAAUUAUUUUAGUCAAGCCAAAGCAAGUCUACUGAAUGUUUACUAGACAGCCACUUAAGUUUGGUCUUACAGAAAAUGUAAAUGGUGCUGUAUCUGUGUGUUACUGCAAGGAUAUUUGCACAAAAACCACAUUGGUAACCUGAAGUGGGUUUGGUGCUUUUUAUUAAACAUUGCGAUGAAGCAGUCAUGAUGGGGCAAUCCCUCAAUGCUUAUAAGAAGAUUCUUGUUUUUUAUGUAACCAUUCUUUAAUGGCUUAUGAAGCUGUAACAUAUAAUGUAUAAAAUAAGUGUUCACACACUUCUUGAAUCAUACUAUCUCUUAUUUUGCUUGCUAUUGUAAAUAGUAAACAUUUCUUUCUCUAUAUGCAAAUCUGCUUCAUUUUCUCAUGUUUUAUUUAAGACUUUUUCAUGACCACUUCGUUUCAGUGUGGAUCUCUUUUUUGGAGGUUUGUUUUUUUUUUGUCAGAUAAAGAAAAGAUGAAGCCUUAGGGGUCAAGCAAAGCUUAGUCCAUUUAUAUGUUGAUUUCGGGAUCAUGUGGGUAUAAAGGGUGCUGAACCCUAAAUAGUACAAGAAAGGUUGCCUAAGAGGGUGAAAGAGUGAAGGGUGACCUGCCUUUCCUCUAACACUCCCCCUAGGUAUACCCACAGUAGUGAAAAUAACUCAUAGGGUAUGAAUAGAGUAAAAAUUAAAAACUUAUGUUUAUUGAAUUCUAUUUAAAAAUCUCCUUUUAAGGACAAAAAUUAAUGAAAUAGGUGAAACACACAGUGUUGGUGAAUUUAAAAAGGAAAGGUUACCACUAGUGGAUAUAUAGAGGCUUUAUCAAUUUGAGCUCCUAUCAGAUACUAUCCAACUAAGUGCAACUUAUUUACUAGCUUUUGACCUUUAUCUCUUAAAUAUAUUCUUGACUAUUGUGUCUAUUGUAGAAGUCAAUUCAUAAGUAACAACUUACAGUUAGUUACACUUCUAUAUACAAGAGAUUACCAUAUUUUAUUGUAUAAAUCAAUUUAUUAGUAACCACUUAGUUAGUUACAUAUACAAGAGACUGUCUAGACUGCAUCGAACCUUUCCUUUUUAAAUUCACCAACACUGUGUGUUUUACUUAUUUCAUAAUUUUUUUGCCCUUAAAGAGAUUUUUUAAAUAGAAUUCAAUAAACAUAAGUUUUAAAUUUUAACUCUAUUCGUACCCUAUGAGUUAUUUUCACUACUGUGGGUAUACCUAGGGGGAGUGUUAGAGGUAAGGCAGGUCGCCCUUCACUCUUUCACUCUCUUAGGCAACCUUUCUCGUUUUUUUUUGUUUUUGUUUGCUUAGUUGCUUUGCUUUGGAUCAGUCCACUUUGGCAUAAGGACCCACGUUAAAAUUGUGUUCUGAAAGUUUGGAUUAAACUUGAAAUAACUGUAUUUGUAAGGUGGUUUCUUACAUAUUUAUGGUGUAUGUUUGCAUUGUUGACUUUUUUUUUUUUUUUUUUUAGAGAUAUAGCUAAUAGAGAACUUUUUUAUUAUAUAAUGGGAAUAAAAUAACACGUCGUAGCUAUGUUUGACGGCUUUUAACAGAUCAACUUUUUUUUUUUUUCUUUGCAUGUCCCUACUUAUGUCUGUUUAAAAUUCCUAUUCAUUUAUUUGUGGUUAUGCUUUGUAACUGCUCUGUAUUCAUGUUUCUAAAUGCUAAUCCGCAUACCUUUCUCUUCUCCCCUCCCCCCCACCUCCAUUAGGUAAGAAGUGGAUUGAAUUCAUUUUCCAAGCACAGCAAGCAUGUCCUCUAUCUUACCAUUUACUCCACCUGUUGUGAAGCGCCUUUUAGGAUGGAAAAAGUCCGCCAGUGGUACCAGUGGCGCAGGUGGUGGUGAGCAGAAUGGUCAGGAAGAAAAGUGGUGUGAAAAGGCAGUGAAAAGUUUGGUGAAAAAGUUGAAGAAAACAGGACAGUUGGAUGAACUUGAGAAAGCAAUCACUACGCAGAGCUGCAACACAAAAUGUGUAACAAUCCCAAGGUACACCUUUAAGUAUUCUGUGUGUUAUCAAUGGUGUUUGUUCCAAGGGAAAUUCAGACUUUGGGGGUUUAUUCACUAAACAGUGAAUUGUAAAACAUUAAAUAUUGCAAAAUUCACACCUUCAAACUAGUGUUUGAUCUUUAUAGUUGGUUUAGUUACUGCUUUGUUAAUAAAACCCCUUAGUUAUUUGUUUUCACUAGUGAGCAACAUGAUGUCAAACAAGGCGUUGCAAAUGCUAACCAGGAUAAACAUUUAAAGCUAUGACCAGCAUAUCGCUCUUUGUAGCAUUCAUUUUUGUAUGUGAAAUCCGUUUUAAUACAAAUGUACUGGUUUUAUUUUUAGAUCAAGACACUCAAGAAAAGCUGACUUUAUUGUUAUUAACUUCAAUCUUAGUAUUUCCUUGGUCAUCACUUCAGUAACACUAUCAAACUUGUUCUUAUUAAACACCAUUUGGACUCUAGAUGUAAUGUGGCUGUUUGGAUUUGAUGUGUGUGUGAUGGCAGAGGGGGUUCAAAAAUUGUUGGACAAAUUGACAAAAGUGAAGCUGUCACUAUAGAAACCAAUACAGUUGACCCCGUUGAUUACUGAACUUUAUCAUUCUGUUAUGUCAUAUGGUCAGUGAUGGCUUUAUUAUAUAUGAUUUUGUAUGUAGAGAUAUGUUUUAUAAAAAAAUGUUUUUGUAUUUCACUGACCGGUUAAAAAAACUUUGAAUAGAUUUUGCUUUUCCAUUCACUUACCCUCCAGUUUUACUUGAAAUCAUUGUCAAUCAUUGAUAUUACAUCAAAAAUGUACUAUCUUGUAAUGUAUCUUAAAAGGACACUGGAAUGGAUUUACUCUUUUAAAAAAACAAAAAGAAAACUGUUUUGCUACAGCAAUAAUAACCCUAUUAAAAAAAAAAUCACGUGUUGAAAGAUCUCCCCACCAAUUUAUUCCCUGGCCUCUCAUAGGCUUCUACUUUAUACCUAGUGAGAAUGUAUUUUGUCUUGCCAUCAGCUGCUCACUAAUUUCUUUUAUGAAUCCAUGGAAUGCUGCAUGUUUAGUGUAUCCUUGAGUGGCAUCUCAUUUCUGAAAUACAAACUACUCAAGUGAAUAAAUGAGACACAGCUAUUGGCUGCGUUGUGUCUGCACAUUGACCAAACACAUCAGAUGUGUGACAAAUGACAGAGUUACUUUCUAUUUAAAAUUGUGGAUUGUGUCUUACCUGCUGAUGUUCAUUCUUUUAAACUUUGCGAGGGUAGAGCCUUUUUUUUUUUUUUUAAAAAAAAAAAAAAGAAAAUGUAGCUUUUAUAAACGAUAAUUUUGUUCAUUCAUUUUUUCCAAAUACAAGAUUAAAGCAAAGUGCUGGGAGUUUCAGAAAGGAGCUGAUUCUUUUACAGAUGGGAAAAGUGCCAUUGUAGUAGUUAGAUUUUUAUUAAUAUAGUAAUUCCCAAAUUACAAAUUGACUUUAACUGCCAACCCGAUUUAAACUGUCCUUCUCCCUUAAUUUGUUUUAACUAGAAUAAAAUUGGCAUCCAGCACCUGACAUAAUAGGAAAAUGUUUGGUACCUGGUAGGAAGUAUUCAGAAUUGUAUGUAAACUACACAUUUGCAUGACAAUGAUGUUUAAAUGGAAUGCUCCAAGCACCACAACCACUACAGCAUGCUAUAAUGGUUAUGGUGCCUGGAAGGCCUUGGCUACCACAUUGUAAGUUGCCAAAUAGUUUUAAAAUGGUUUGACUGCUUACUUUGGGUCUGACAGGCAUUGCACCCUGUCUCCACAACUUCAGCCAGAGAAUCAGAAGUUUUCUAUCUGAGCUAACAGAAGCUCCUAAGCAGGAUGUUCCCGUUCUCUGGCUAAGGUAGUGGAGGUAGGGGUCGGCUUCAGUGGACCCCAGGUUAGAAGUCAAACUGUUGACUCAUUACAAUGGGUGUUGCCAGGAAGCUCCUGGCACCAUAGCCACUACGGCACGCUUGGAGUGUUCCAUUAAUUUGGUUAAUUUUUAUUUUAAAAAUCCUAACAUUGUUAUUUUUAACCAUCUGUUAAUUUAUUUUUGAAUGGCAGGGCCUGUUUAUAUUACCAUAAUAUACAAACAUUAAGAUGAGUGGUAGUAUUGGUGUUGUAGCAACCGGCAGAUAAUUUCAUGUUGAACAAAUACUUGUUGGCAAAACUGUACAGACUGUUUCUUUUAAAUAAAUAUUUAUAUAUAGCUUGUCCACUGUGGCAGAGGAUUCCCCUCCCCAACCCCUUUUUUGUUUCUUCUUUUUUGUUAUUACUUAUAUGUUGAGUAAGAGCUGAGGAACAACAAUGCCCAAGCUCUUACUCAACAUACAAGUAAUAACAAAACAAUGAAAUCCUAUUUCUUGUGAUCAUAUUCCUUGUGUAGCAUUCGUAAAUGAGGCUCAGUCACUUUCAAUUACAUUAUUAUUAUUAUUAUUGGUAUUAUUAUUGGUAUUUAUAUAGCACCAGCAUAUUCUGUAGCGCAAAUAAAUUAGCUCAGUGGGCAAAUGCAUAAUCAGUACAAUCUGUUCAACCCUUGUGGGUUGCAGGGUUGACUCAGCCCUUCAUUCCUCUGAGGUAGAUAAAAUGAGUACCAUUAAAUUGGGUAAUAGCAACAUCCUGGAUGUUGGGCAAAAGUAACAUCCCCAGGACGUACUUUGAAACCAGAGCAAUCUGAAUGUACCUUUCCUGGUUAAAUACUUCCUUAUAAGGGCAGAGUACAGAAUAUUUGAUAGAGUCCUAACCUCAACAUCUGAGGAAAGGGAUUUAGGGGUGAUUAUUUCUGAUGACUUAAAGGACCACUAUAGUGCAAGGAAAACAUACUCGUUUUCCUGGCACUAUAGUGCCCUGAGGGUGCCCCCACCCUCAGGGACCCCCUCCCGCCCGGCUCUGGAAGGGGGAAAGGGGUAAAAACUUACCUUUUUCCAGCGCUGGGCGGAGAGCUCUCCUCCUUCUCUCCUCCUCCGUUCCUCCUACUGGGCUGAAUGCGCACGCGCGGCAAAAGCUGCGCGCGCAUUCAGCCGGUCACAUAGGAAAGCAUUCAUAAUGCUUUCCUAUGGACGCUUGCGUGCUCUCACUGUGAAAAUCACAGUGAGAAGCACGCAAGCGCCUCUAGUGGCUGUCAAUGAGACAGCCACUAGAGGAUUAGGGGGAAGGCUUAACCCAUUCAUAAACAUAGCAGUUUCUCUGAAACUGCUAUGUUUAUGAAAAAAUGGGUUAACCCUAGCUGGACCUGGCACCCAGACCACUUCAUUAAGCUGAAGUGGUCUGGGUGCCUAGAGUGGUCCUUUAAAGGUAGGCAGACAAUGUAAUAGAGCAGCAGGAAAUGCUAGCAGAAUGCUUGGUUGUAUAAGGAGAGGUAUUAGCAGUAGAAAGAGGGAAGUGCUCAUGCCAUUGUACAGAACACUGGUGAGACCUCACUUGGAGUAUUGUAUGCUGUACUGGAGACCGUAUCUUCAGAAGGAUAUUGAUACCUUAGAGAGAAUUCAGAGAAGGACUACUAAACUGGUUCAUGGAUUGCAUGAUAAAACUUACAAGGAAAGGUUAAAGGAACUUAACAUAUAUAGCUUGGAGGAAAGACGAGACUGGGGGAUAUGAUAGAAACAUUUAAAUACAUAAAGGAAAUCAACGCAGUAAAGGAGACCAUAUUUAAGAGAAGAAAAACUACCACAACAAGAGGACACAGCCUUAAAUUAGAGGGACAAAGGUUUCAAAAUAAUAUCAGGAAGUAUUACUUUACUGAGAGGGUAGUGGAUGCAUGGCAUAGCCUUCCAGCUGAAGUGGUAGAGGUUAAUACAGUGAAGGAGUUUAAGCAUGCGUGGGAUAGACAUAAGGCUAUCUUAGAUAUAAGAGACUAAUGAAAGUGUUUUAGAAAAUUGGGCAGACUAGAUGGGCCGAUUGGUUCUUAUCUGCCGUCACAUUCUAUGUUUCUAUGUCAAACUCAAAGGCUAACACAGGCCAAAUAAACAAGGUUUACGUUCAUGUGGGCUGCAAAAAAAAACCCUUAAGUUUUCAUAGAAAUGUAGGUUUAUUUUGAAAAGUACAGUAUAAAAAAGUUGCCUAACUGACACUGGACGCCCUGGCGCUCGUAGGGCUUCAAAGUAAACAAAAGAGCAAAUUUAUUUUAAUGAGACGUGCAUUUGCAUAUCACCAAAGUUUCAGUCCAACUAUCCCAAUCUAAUAUACAGCCUCAUUCUAAUACAUUGCCCACAAAUCCAAUACACUUCCCCCUCCAUCCAAUCAAAUAACAACCCCAUAAUCUAAUUUACUGCCCCCCCCUUCAACCUAUCUAAUAAACUGUCCCUUAAUCUAAUACUGCCCCCACUCUAAAUACAUUGCCCCCCUACCUCCCCCAAUUUAAUAACUGCCCUUUCCUUCCCCCAAUUUAAUACACUGCCCCCUCCCUCCUCAAAUACAGCCCCGCUCCCUCAAAUUAAUACACUGGCCCCUCCCCCAAAUUAAUACUGUUCUCCCUCCCAUUUUUAACACUACACAGGAAGGUCUCUGCAGCCCCUCUUCCCCUACCUUAAAGGACCACUGUAGGCACCCAGACCACUUCAGCUUAAUGAAGUGGUCUGGGUGCCAGGUCCAGCUAGGCUUAACCCAUUCUUUUAUAAACAUAGCAGUUUCAGAGAAACUGCUAUGUUUAUGAAUGGGUUAAGCCUUCCCCCAAUUCCUCUAGCGGCUGUCUCAUUGACAGCCGCUAGAGGCGCUUGCGUGCUUCUCACUGUGAAAAUCACAGCGAGAGCACGCAAGCGUCCAUAGGAAAGCAUUGAUAAUGCUUUCCUAUGUGACCGGCUGAAUGCGCGCGCAGCUCUUGCCGUGCGUGCGCAUUCAGCCGCAUGGGAGGAGGAUCGGAGGAGGAGAGCUCCCCGCCCAGCGCUGGAAAAAGGUAAGUUUUAACCCCUUUCCCCCUUCCAGAGCCGGGCGGGACUAUAGUGGUCCUUUAAGAUGAGCCGCCCGUCCUCCAGUUCCAGCUCUGCACUUCUCUGCUCAAGCAAGCCAGACGAUCCUCUGGCACCGCAAGCGGGAGUGAAGGGAGAGUGGCUGGUCUGACAGCCACUCUACGCUUUUGUGGCCGUGGGAGGGAAGACAAGAAUCAGACAGGAAAUAUCUUUCCUGUCUUGUGGCUGGUUGCAGUCACAGCACAAAACAGGCCCAGGGCAGAAGGGCCGCAAGUAUGACAAUGCUUGCUGUAGCGCUUUACAAUAUUAUCUGAAGGGGGAGAUUUUACAAUAAAUGAGACAAUUCUGCACUCAGAUCUUUCUAUGCUUUUAUUCAGUGUUGAGGAGCCAGUUGAAGUACAACUGUUCUACUGUUUAAAUCACAUCACAUUUAGUGGUUUGCCAUGGGUUUCAUGCAUUUAUGAGCCUGAGCGCACAGUCUUUUUAAUAGGGAUGUGCAUGGGCCAAGAAUUCAAUUCGGCUCGGAAAUUCGGGUAAGUAAAAAAGAAUUUGUCUGCCCUAACCACUUGUUUUGACACUUUUCAGAAAUCCGAAGCACUUCAGAUCUUUGGCAAUUCGAACAUUCGUAAGCAUCCAAAUGUCCAAAUUGUGCGAAAUUUGUCCGAAUCUACAUUCGGAACGAAACAAAUUGCACAUGUCUGUUUAAGAGAGUGGGCCAAGAUGUAACUUUCAUCUACAUUAUAUCAUUUGAAGUGAGGGGUGGACAGUGAAUUAACCUUUUUUUUUUUUAUAUAUUCUGUUCUAAUUCUACAUUUAAAGGAACACUAUAGGCACACCAAAACAACUUUAGCUCAUUGAAGCAGUUUUGGUGUAUAGAUUAUACCCCUCAAUUUCCUCUUGUAUGAGUAAAAGCACUUUGUUUAUGCAGCUCUAGUCACACCUCCCUGCAUUUGCACAGCCUUCCUAAACACUUCCUGAAAAGAGACAUGUAAUAUGUAUACAUCCUUUAUUGCAUGGUCUGUUUAAAUUAGAAUAUAUUCUCUCCUGCGCUAAUAAUCUAGACCCUGUUAAUCUAGAGCAGUGGUUCCCAAUCCAGUCCUCAAGUACCCCCUACCAGUCCAGGAUUUGGCUAUUACCCUGUUGUGUGUAAAGGUUUAUUUAUUUUUUCCUAAAAACACCUUGGACACAACUGGGUAAUCCCUAAAUUCUGGACUGUUAGAAGUACUUGAGGACCUAGACCUAUGUGUGAUUAAAGUCGAAGUUACAGAGCAGGAGAUAAAAACAUCUAAAGUAAGUUACUAUCUGAUUGAAAGCAGAACCUUUUUUUCAUGCAGGCUGUGUGAGUCAGAGCCAGGAGAGGUGAAAAACAAGUGAUACAACUCCUUAAUGGCAAAUAAUUGAGCAGUGAGACUGCAUGAGCAUGUUCUGUUCUCUUAAACUUCUUCAUUAACUAAAGUUGUUUUGAUGCCUAUAGUGUCCCUUUAAGAUUUCACACCAUUUUAGCUCUCCCAUUUUCCAAUCAUUCUGUGUCAUUAUUUCCUCUCUGUACACAUCUCACACACAUCAUGCCAGUACCCUCCAUGUCAAUUCCCUAUUCUUGUUCUGCAUGCUAGUAUUCAUUUCCAGAACAUUUCUCUUCACCACACCAAUCCACUCUGGCCACUUGUGAACUCACAUUAGUAUUUGUUACAUGUGUCCUCCCCUACAUAGGUCUCUGUUAGUCAUCUGGAUAGCUGUUGGUGCUUGGUGGUUCCUGAAGCCAGGAAUGGCUGCUGUUGAUGUCAUGUGACCCAAACCCCAUAACAUUACUCAUUGCUAUAUACAAGUGAGUGCUACGUCUGGUGACACUCCUACCAUCACCAAUUUAUUUCUCUCUUUUAGGGAGAGUUUCAAAAUUCCUUCCCCCCCUAAAUUGUUUUUGGGUAGAAAAUAUGCUUCAACGCUAAAUCGGAGUUGUGUAAUACUAUGCUGGAUGGUACCUUGUUACCGUGGAGACUGGAAAGAAAUGACCUAGUGACAGACUCUCAGCAGGACAGCUAAUGCUUUGUAGACCUUUGUCUGUGAAGCUGUUAUCUGCACUAGUAGUUCAUGGCCACUUGAAUUUAAAAAUAAAUCAGUUGAUUUGUAAAGUAUAAACCAGUUAAACAAACAAUGGAACCUGUAUCGCUUACACAUGUAUGCAUGAUUAGACAUUUUCGCUAUUUUUAUGCAGGUCGUGAUUGCACAUGCAAAAAGCCUUUUAAGUUACACACAGCAUUGAAUUUAACAGUGCAGACAUUCUAUUGUGCUAGCAACUGUAUAGUGUUCUCUGGCCCAAGUGCAGUAUUUUUGAUUUUUCAUGUUAUUACUAUCUUUCACUCUGAUAUAUAAUCAUCUGAAUUGUUAAUGCAAGCAUGUCUGUUAAACUAUGCACUACAAAAAUAAAUAUAAAAAAAAAAAAAAAAAAAUUUUUUUAAAUUUCGGUAAAUUUGACCCGUUUUUGGACGAAAUUUAGGUGCAUCCCUAAUACACAAUGUGAUUUGUUCGUGACAGGUUGGCACUCCACUAUAAUAGAGAAAAAUAAAUUAUAUAUUCCUACCUGGUCAAAGAAAAACUCCAAGUUGGACCACAAAACAUGGCAAACGGGGCUAAAUGCAAUACAUAAAUCUAACCUAGUUUAGAGAAAUACAAGGAAGGUACGAAUCUGUAGGUCAGGAUAAUUGGAAGAGGUGAAAAAAACUAGGUAACCUUAUGUUCUUCUGUAAGAACUAGGAAUUAAUACUACUUCGUUACACCAUACCCAUGGAACAGAGACCGCAAAUCCCUACAAAAGAAAUGUGGAAUUCAGGACUCCAAGGUGGAAAUGUGGUAAGUAAUAAUAGAUAUGGAGGUUGAGAUCAGCAUACUGAGUGUAGUUCCUGGCUAAGAAGAGCCCAGAUACUAACUCUACAAAGAAGCUAGUUACAUUGGCUCACUAAAUGCUAGUGCCUACUGAACACCAGUCCAUAGACAUGUGUAAACAUAAACCAAUGCUUUAGGACUGGUAUUCGACAGGCUUUAGCGUGCCGGGGUUAUUGGCUUCUAUGUAAAGUUAGUAUGGCUCUUCUUAGCCAGGAAUUACACACAGAUCCCAACCUCUAUAUCCGUUAUUACAGCCCAUUUUCCACCUUGGAGUCCUGGAUUACACAUUUCUUUUUUGUAGGGAUUUGCAGUCUCUUUUAUAUAGCUAUGUAGGUACACCCUUGUUUUAUGUUGUACCAAAGUAGAAUCAGUAAUUUAUGUAGAAUAUAUGGCUAGCUUUAUCCCAAACCCCCUCCAAAUACUCUGGUCUACAGAUUCGUAUCUUAAUUUACAUUUAGCCCUGUUUUGUCAUGUUCUGUGGCCAAGUAUGGAUUUUUGUCACUAAAUGUGUAUAUAUAUGUGUAUUAUUUUUAUUUAUUUUUUUGUAGCGUCAGUCUGUCUCUAACAAUCACAUUGUGUAUGGCCUUCACCCCUCCUAGGUGAAGAUUAUCCAGCUGUCCACCUAUCGUUUUGCACACAGGUCCACUUAUCUUAUGCAGACACUUAUAUGUCCCCUCCAUUUGUCUUCAAACUAUUCUAUAAAAUUUUUCCUCAGUCCUACCUGCAUCUGGACUUUGUGCUCAGUUAUCAGUAGUUGUCUUAUGUUUUAUAUGGGCCAUGCUGAUAUCAGGAUUGAGGGUUUAAUGACUUUCCUUACAGGUUUUCCUCACAACACUUUCUCAAUGACUUAGGACAGUAACCUUAAAAAUUCCUUAAAAGGGCUUUCUUCCCUCAAAACAACUUUAAAACCUCAACCAUGGACUCUGGCUCCAAAAUAAACUUCACGUAGAUGAAGUGUUACUCCAAGCACCAUUACCACUUCAGUGAUUUGUAGUGGUUGUGGCCUCUGGAGUCUGUAUGUGUUUUGCUAUGAAGUGCUAAACAAAUGUAACUCCACCUUUGGCACAGUCAUUAGGUUGUCCUCAGCUUUUCAUUUGACAGAAUGUCAGUCAUUGAAUGCAAAAGGUCAGCUGAUGCUCUCCAAUAAACUGCAGCAUCCAUGGCUUUACUCUAACUGCAUCAGAGCCUGUUGGGGACUCAUUUAAUGGGGCAAACCGUUGCUAAUUGGUUUGACCUUUUACCAGGGAACCAGGCUUUGGUACUUCUGUCAAUUGGCAUCACAAGUCUUGCCCCCGCCAGAAGAGGGAUUAAACUCCAUAUAAUUAAAGUGGAUUCAGUCCAACAAUUAAAGGACCACUAUAGUGCCAGGAAAACAUACUCGUUUUCCUGGCAAUAUAGUGUCCUGAGGGUGCCCCCCACCCUCAGGGUCCCCCUCCUGCUGGGCUCUAGGGGGUGGAAAGGAUUAAACUUAACUCUUUCUCCAGCGCCGGGCGGGGAACUCUCCUCCUCCUCUUCGGCUGAAUGUGCAUGCGCGGCAGGAGCCGCGCGCGCAUUCAGCCAGUCACAUAGGAAAGCAUUCUCAAUGCUUUCCUAUGGACGCUGGCGUCUUCUCACUGUGAAAAUCACAGUGAGAAGCGCCUCUAGCGGCUGUCAAUGAGACAGCCACUGGAGGCUGGAUUAACCCAUAGGUAGACAUAGCAGUUUCUCUGUAACUGCUAUGUUUAUAGAAAAAAGGGUUAAUCCUAGAUGGACCUGGCACCCAGACCACUUCAUGAAGCUGAAGUGGUCUUUGUGCCUAUAGUGUUCCUUUAAUUGCAUUUGGCAGCUGACCUAUAGAUGCAGCAAAUGUCUUGUUUACUGUCUCUUCUUGUAUUCCAGGUUGUGUAACUGUGUCUAUUAAAUUCUUUUAUUUGCUAUAUGGCUGCACAAAUAUUGGAAGAAAAUACCAGAGUUCAAAUGGGAUCAUGCAAUUUGUAAUCUAAAAAUACAAAUUAUUCUCUCAAACCUCCCUUGGCAUUGUAAUUACAGACUGUUUGCAUAUGAAUAGGGGAUUCCUUUCUAAAUAGUGAAUUCAUAAACAGAUUGCAAAAUUUAUAUAAAAGAAAGUAACAAAACUAGUCUAUUGCAGCGUAGCCCCUUAGUGUCAUACACAAAUUCAUUUUGCUUGGGCCUAAGUGACUAGAGCAACUGUUGGCAUUUUAAUUGUAUUUUUCAGGCAUACCUUCACUUUGUUGUGCACUUUUAUUAAAUGGUGUUUAACCCCUUAAGGACAGAGCCAAAUGUACACGUUGUGAACAAAACAAAAUGUAAACAAAACCUGGCAUUUGCUCUACAUGUCUGUCCAACCCCAUAAUUCACCUCUUUCAUAGUAAAUGCACCCACCCUUAUUAUACAUCAUUUUAUUCAGGGGAAACAGGGCUUUCAUUUAAUAUCAAAUAUUUAGCUAUGAAACAUAAUUUAAUCUGAAAAACAUGGGAGAAAAUAAGAUUUUUUUUUUUUUUUGAUUUUUUUUUAGUUCUACAUGACAUUUUAACUGUCAAUGUCAUAAUACUGUUUGCUUUUACUGCAAUAAAAUACACAUAUUUGUAUUCAGCAAAGUCUCACGUGUAAGACAGUACCCCCUAUGUACAGGUUUUAUGGCGUUUUGGGAAGUUACAGGGUCAAAUAUAACACGUUACAUUUGAAAUUUAAAUUCGCCAGAUUGGUUACGUUGCCUUUUAGACUGUAUAGAAGCCCAGGAAUGAAAUUUACACCCAUAAUGGCAUACCAUUUGCAAUAGUAGACAACCCAAGGUAUUGCAAAUGGGGUAUGUCACAAACACUGGCCAAAGUUAGCGUUAGUAUUUGUUUGUGUGGGAAAAAUGCAAAAACCGCCAAUUUUGGCCAGUGUUUGUGACCAAGUGGCUACUAAAAAAGACUUGACAUACCCCGUUUGCAAUACCUUGGGUUGUCUUCUUUUGCAAAUGGUAUGCCAUCAUAGGGGUAAUUUCCAUUCUUGGGCUACCAUAGGGUCUCAAAGGCAACCUAACCAAUCUGGCAAAUUUUAAUGUGAAAAAAAUGAAACAUAAGCCUUAUAUUUGACGCUGUAACUUUUGAAAACACCAUAAAACCUGUACAUGAGGGGUACUGUUGUACUCGGGGAAACUUCGCUGAACACAAAUAUUUGUGUUUCAAAACAGUAAAAAGUAUCGCAGCAAUAAUAUCAUCCGUGUAAGUGCUGUUUGUGCGUGAAAAAUGCACAAAAAGUCACUUUUACUGGCGAAAUCAUCGUUGUAAUACAUUUUACUGUUUUGAAACACUAAUAUUUGUGUUCACCGAAGUCUCCCGAGUAGAACAGUACCCCCCAUGUACAGGUUUUAUGGUGUCUUGGAAAGUUAUAGGGUUAAAUAUAGUGCUAGCAAAUUAAAUUCCCUUUACUUUCGGCAUGGGUUGUCAGGCAGGUCCCGCUAAUUGUAAUUAAUUAAGAUACCUAAUUAUGUAAAAAUAUUACAUAAAUAUAUAUGUAGAAUUAAUGUGUGUGUGUAUGUGUAUGUGUGUAUGUGUAUGUGUGUAUGUGUAUAUAUAUAUGUGUGUGUGUGUGUGUGUGUGUGUGUAUAUAUAUAUAUAUAUAUAUAUAUAUAUAUAUAUAGUGUAUGUAUGUGAAUCUAUAUGUGUGUAUAUAUAUAUCUAUAGUGAUAUAUACGUAUAUAUAUAAUUCGUUCUACAUGUAUUUUGAUAUAAAUAUAUUUAUAUAUUAUCACAAUACAGUUAGAACGAAAUAACACACAUCUAUAUAUUUUUUAAUUAAAUUUUUUAACGUAUUUAAAUUUUUUAUAUUAUAUAUAACAAUAAUUAUAUAUAUUUAAUCAGUAUGUCUGUGUAAUUUGAUAUUAAUAUAUAUAAAAUUAUAUAUAUUAAUAGUAAAAUACACCUAGACUGUGUGUGUGUGUGUGUGUGUGUGUGUGUAUAUAUAUAUAUAUGUGUAUAUAUAUAUAUGUGUUCAAGUAGAGAUUGUAGCCGUAUUAGUCCAGUGAUGUAGAUGUAAAAAACAGAUAAAAUUCUUAUCUUGUAAUACCUUUUUUAUUGGACUAACAGAAUUUUUUAAUGACAAGCUUUCGGGAGAACCUCCCUUUCUCAAGUCUGAAGCAUUUCUUCAGACUUGAAGAGAAAUGCUUCAGACUUGAGAAAGGGAGGUUCUCCCGAAAGCUUGUAAUUAAAAAAUUCUGUUAGUCCAAUAAAAAAGGUAUUACAAGAUAAGAAUUUUAUCUGUUUUUUACAUUAUAUAUAUAUAUAUAUAUAUAUAUAUAUAUAUAUAUAUAUAUAUAUAUAUAUAUAUAUAUAUAUAUAUAUAUAUAUAUAUAUAUAUUCUAAGUAUAUAAUUUUUUUUUUAUUUUUUUUACACUUUUAACAUUUUAUUUUAUUUCCAGCCAGCAGGGGGACCACCUGUCAUUACAGGCAGCCCCCCUGCUGGCAAUACAGAAGCCAGCUAUCCCGGCCAUGUGAUUGUGAGGUCCUCGCAAGGACCUUACUCUCACAUGGCUGGGGGGGGGGGGCUUCAGGACGUCGGAUGUGCCACAGGGGGCUCCCUGCGAGUCCCCCCAACCGCGAUCGCCGGCGACCGGAUAAGUACAAAAAAAAGGAGGGCGUACUAUUAUUAUUAGCUAAUAAAUAAUGAUGGUGGACUGUCUUGAUGGCAAAAAUAAAUUGCAAUGUUUUGGUGUGAACCUUUAUCAACAUUAGUGUUCUGUUUGAAUUAAUUAUAUCUAUCUAUAUAUGUUUUCAAGAAGUGUUUUUACCAAUCCAAACUAUUACAUCAACAACUCAACCCUUUCUGGGUCUUCAUCGAGAUUUUUUUGAAAUAGUAAUGUAAUAUUUUGUGUUGUUAAAUAUACUUUUUGAAAACCUACAUAGAUCUCUCUCUUUUCUCCCCCCCCCCCUCCCCACAGGGAGGCAUUACAAGUUACUCACCAUAGUACGCCCUUUAGGGCUAAUAAUCACCGCCAAUGGAGGCUGAACGUUUUGUCACAACACUAAAACCACCUACCUAAUAUUGUGUACCCCUUUUGUGCUGCCAACACAGCUGUGAUGCGUCAAGGCAUGGACUCCACAAGACAUUUGAUUGUCUACAAGAUAUUAGUAGUACAUCCUUUAAGUCCUGCAAGUUGCUAGCUGGGGCCUCCAUGAAUCAGAUUUAGAGAUCUGGGGAAAUUGGAGGCCAAGGCAACACGUCAUAUUUCUCAAACCAUUUUUUGCUGUGUGACAGGGUGCAUUAUCCUGUUGAAAGAUGCCUUUCCUAUUAGGGAACACUAUUGCCAUGUAGGGGUAUAUGUGGUUUGUAACAAUGUCUACUUGGGUGGUGUGUGUCAAAGUAACAUCCACAUGAAUGCCAAGACCUGAGGUCUCCCAGCAGAGCAUAACACUGUCUUAGCCUUCUUCCCAUAAUGCAUCCUGCUUCCCCAGGUAAAUGAUAUGCCUUCCUGAUCAAAAAUAAAACUUCUUUCCAUUACUCUAUGGUCCAGUUCUGAUGCUCAUGUCCCCACUGAGGAUGCUUUCACCAGUUGGCAUGGUAUCAAUGCCCCUGGCGCUGAUUCACCGGUUUUCCUUCCUUGUACCACUAGUGGCAAUAGCAUAGGACUUCAAAUUGGAAGCCCCAGUAUAUAUUUAUAUACUUUUUUUUUUUUUUUCCCCUUUUCUUUCUUUUCUUUUUUUCUUUUUCUCAAUUUGGAAGUUGUGCCUAAGGAUGGUAGCCCCUGCUGGGUAGGAUUCUGCAAAACUGGGGUUUUGUAAAAGACAAAUAAAAAUGAACAUACAAAAUAAAGAAUAAUAAUGAGACCAAAAUCUGUCCUAUGCAUUAAAGUUGUGUAGGUGCCUGGAGUACUCCUAUAAGUUUUUGUAGUUUUACUAUUUUGUACAUAUAUCUAACUGUAUUCAGAUAUUUUAUAUUGAGGGAUACUGAGCUUUCAGACUGUUGGAUGUUGGUGAUAGUGGAUAUGCCUCCAGAGCGUGCUGUGCAUUUAUUUCAUGCAUUAACCAAUGUAUUGUUACAUUCACACCUUUCCAUUUUAUCUUUAUUUUUUUUAAUUUUAUUUUUUUUAAAUGUGGUUCACACUGUUGUCAUUUGUGGGAUAUCCUUGUUGCUAGAUAAUGUUGAAUCUGACUUUCAUUUUCUAAUGUCUUUAGAAAACAAUGAACAAUUUAGCAAACAUUGAUGACUUUCCAUAGCGCCAUCACUCCACAUAUGGUUUAUCUCCACAUCUAUCUGGUCAUCCUAUUUCUGACAAAACACUCUCUGAUUUCUCACUGACACCUUUUGACAGAUACACACACUAUAUACUUUCACUUGAAGUGCAGCAAUCAUGUUCUGAAAGUAGAGCUCCAACCAUAUUAACCUUAAAGGGGGACUGUCACUUCUCUGGAAUUUACACCAUUGAAUGCAAUGUCUCACUGCCAAAUUCUCUGGCAUUUAGUAGUUAAAUUAGUAUUAUUUUUGCUCCCUUGGGUACAUCCCCCUCUUGGUUGUAACUCACACAGCCUCUCUACACCUUCCACGAGAAGUAGCUAUUUUUUAUUUAUUUAUUUUUUUUAACUACACCUUAUUGCACAGCGUGUUUUCAUUUAGAAGUUCUUAUAUCCUGCUCUGUUAAUUACCUGCUAGUGAAUGCAGUAUUUUCCUGUAUGUUUAUUAAAGGGACACUAUAAUCACCAGAACUAUAGCUUAGUGCAUGUGUUCUGACGAGUAGAAUAAUUUCAUUCAGGCUUUUUGCUGUAAACACUGUCUUGUCAGACAAAAUGCAGCUUUUACAUUACAGCCUAGUGAUAACUCCAUUGACCACUCUUUUCCUGGGGCAGUGCUGCAGCACUGCCAUUCAGUGUCUCCACCCUCUGCAUCCAGACACUGAACUUUCCUCAUAGAGAUGCAUUGAUUCAUUCCAUCUCUGAGGAGGUGAUGAUUGCCCAGAGCUCCUAACAAUGACAGGGAGCUAAGAUGGAGGAACCCAAUUGCACCACACAGAAUGGUGGGCUUCUCCAUGUAAUUCUUUUCAUGCCUACCAAACCCAUAUUUUAAAAUAUGGGGAUGAAUAAACAUUAUAAAUCAUAGGAAGUGGCAAUUUGUUUUAGGAGUAUUUCACUCUAGCUCUCCUCAUAGAAGGAAAAAAAUAUAUAUUAAAAAAAAAAAUCAUUGGAAAUCAAUUUUUUACUUUUUCAUUAUGUUGCUGAUGUCUCACCAGUAGGUCAAUUGUUAACUGCCAUUUCAUUGCCUCAGUUUUUUAUGCUAGGCCUGUGGUGUCACUUUAUAGUAGAUGUUUUUUCUUUUUGAGUAGUUUGUUAUUGGCAUUUGUUGAAAUAUAUGUACCAAGGUAGAAUCAAUUUCAUGUAUCACAUACAAUCUACUUUGGAACUCACAUGACUUGUGCUAAAGUGGACCAUUAAAAUUGCAUAUCAGAUGCAUGCAAUAUUUAACUCUUCAUUGGUUUUUUUUGUUUUUUUAUUUAAUCCAUAUUAAAAGCUGCUCCUCUGGUGUCCACUUGGAAUACAUUUAUAGAAAGAAAGAAACAAACAAAAAAAAGAGCCGGUCUUGCUACCCUGCUCAAGUAAUUUUAAGACACCGGUGCAUACCAUAUACUUAAUCAUAUACGUGCACAGUACAUCCAUCAUCGAUCUCAAUGCAUGGUGGACAUUCUGUGAGAGUAAUUUUUUUUUUUUUUUUUUUUUUUAUACAUCCAUACCCUUUUGUAAGUAAAUAUGCCUGACAAGUCCCUUUAAUUCAAAUAUAUAUUUUAAAUUCUACCUGCCUGUAAGGGAAAUACUGUGUUUAAUUCUAAGUUCAGUUCUUAUCCUGUUUAGAUAUCAUGAUCUCUGAACCCUGAAAAUACUUCUUGAUUUAAUUUCUCUUUGCUUUGCAUUAUGUGUGUAUGUCUUGGGAACCGUGUGUAAUUUAUCACUUUGGUAUCCACAACAAACAGGAAAGAUUAUAAGAUGUGAGGGCCUUUUUUUAAUGUUUUGCCAGAAGUAGCUAUAUUUCUAUGUACAUAUGAUACACAUUUAUUUAAAUAAAUAAAAAAUGUCUGCAUUAUUUAUUAUUUUUCCAUGUGCACCACUUAACUGUUUCAGUUUUCUGGCCUUUUAUUGUUGCAUUUUGUGAAUUGUUACUUAGGUGGUAGUUAUUUCAUAUGUAUUGGGGGGGAUGUCAGCAAACCCUCAACACCUUUUUGAGUUCUGUUUAUUUGAUCUAUUUUAACUGGUGGUAUAAGCGUUGGCUUUAUUGAAUAAUAUGACCAAUAAAUGCCACCUAUGUUAUCUGUUUGACAAAAGGAUUUAAGAUUCCUAGGUUCCUGUCAAGGUAUGUUUCUUGGAUCAAACCCUGGACUUCCUUAGUUAUCCUAAUCACUAAAAUCUAUCUAAGGAAUUAGAGGGCUUUGAUGUCUUGCGUUAUCUAUACCUUUAACCUUGAUCUGAGCUUAGUAAUUGUUACAUAGCUUUGUUUUAGUGUUUGCUCCCCUGCCCACUAAAUCUUUUCAAAUAUAUGGUAAAGCCACAUGAGAUUUAAAAUUGAUUUGAUCUAUAUGUUGAUCUAAAUCUGCCAUCCUGCCCUUUUUCUAGAGUGCUUCUCCCAAUCUCUCCCCCCCGUCCUCCCCCCGGCAUGACUUUGUCAAAACACUAUGAAAGUAUGUAAGUCAACCAUUUUCCACUUCUGUUUAGUUUUGGUUUGGUGGGGGAAAGUCUUCAUAGCAGCAUUGAGUUCCAUACAAUCACAGUAUCUUGGUGUUUUCAGCAUUGUCACAGCUUUCCUUGAUCACCUGUUCCAUUUGAAACCGCUUCCUUUACACGAACGAUGAUUUGUUGUUUUUUUUAUCUUCCAUGUGAAGGAAGUAUUCUGUACAUUUCCAUGUACGUUUUACAUCAUGGUGUAUCAAAUAACCACGCUUCCAUAUUCACAUCAAUUUUUUGUUUUUCAAUUUAUGCACAGCACUUGCUCUGAAAUUUGGGGACUGAGUACAUCAAAUACCAUAGAUCAGUGGGAUACCACAGGCCUUUACAGCUUCUCUGAACAAACCAGGUGAAUAUUUUGCACUCUGUCGCAUUCUAGAGCUCUGUGGGUUAGGAGUUUAAAGGGGCGGAGGAUGCUUUUAGUGAAAUUCUCAAUGUACUACAGGAUGCUUCUUUAGAAACAAAUAGGCACAACAUUGAAGUCCUUGGCAAAUUGUUAUAUAUUUCAUUUACUUACUAGCUGAUGUUUUGACCAAAGAAAUUAUUUAAAAACCCAUCGGAAUCUGCCAAUAAAUUGAAAUUUAACCCAUUGUAUGAUCAGUUGUAGCACAAAACCGUAGCACAUAUUCAAUCCAUUUUAGCCACUCCAUAGCCAUAUCUUAUUCGUUACAGAGUUAAAAAAAAAAAUAUAUAUAUAUAAAAAUAUAUUUUUUUUUUCCUGGUUUGUGUUAUGUCUUUGUCUAUGUUCAUUUCACAACCAUUUACAUCUGCAUUUGUGUAUGUGCAUAUGCAGCUAGUUUUUGUAAUGCAAUGUUUCUGAAUACAGGUUUUCCAUGGGUGCCUAGUUUUUUUUUUUUUGUCCCUUUCUCUUUAAAGUUGCUUUUUUUUUUUUACGCUUAUUAAAAUGACUUUGAGUCUUGGCUGAGAGUGUUUGCGUGUUUUCGGGCUAAUGUAUAGGCUCUUGAAAAUUGUGUUAAGAGUUAAAACAAACGGUGGGAAAAAAAAAGCAUCCAGGUUAGAUUAGUUAAUAGGAGUGGGGACAUCCUAUUUCUGUUUUUUGACAUGGAGUAUGUUGCUGUUGCACUGUAGUCCCUACAAAGCUCAUCUAAAACUCUUAUCAAUGCCAUUGUCUUGCUUAUGGCUUGCUUUUGUUUCUUUCCUUCAGUGUUGCUGCAGUGUUUGUGUUUUUGCAUGACGAUAUAGCCUUUGCCUGCUGCAGCUUGACUGUUUUGCUUAAUUCAUCCUGAGCUGCUACAAUACAGCUUUCUUGAGUAUUUAUAUUUUAUUUUCUUCUCUCCACUAAUUCUUCUCUAGCAGGUGCUGUGUGUCAGGGCUUCGUGCUAAUUGGGAAGGGCUUGUGUGCUUGGGAGGAACAGCUUUGCUUUCUUGUAUUUUUGCACAUGGUGAUAUUUCCUUUCCUUUCUGCUUCAGUGUUUGCAUUUUUUAGAUUGUUUGUAUGAUUUAAUUCCCUUCUCCCCUUUCUUAAUAUUUAUUCUUGUGCUGUCCAGGUCUCUUGAUGGGCGUCUCCAAGUAUCCCACCGUAAAGGGUUACCGCAUGUUAUUUACUGCCGACUAUGGCGCUGGCCGGAUCUUCACAGUCAUCAUGAACUGAAAGCAAUUGAAAAUUGUGAAUAUGCUUUUAACCUUAAAAAGGAUGAAGUAUGUGUCAACCCAUAUCACUAUCAGAGAGUGGAGACCCCGGGUAAGUAGCCUGCAGUCUAUAAUCUUUCUGGCAGAAAGCAAUGUGUAAGCUAGUUAAGUUACAACUUAAAUAAUUGGUAUGUUGUGAAAAAUGUUUUGUGAUCUCUAUAAAACAACGCAAAAACAAAAUCUUUUCUGCUAAAGACUACCUUUUUGAAAACUUAAAAUGGGUCAGGUUUACAAAGACUGACUUGAAGUUAAAUUAGCUGACUAAGAUUACUGUUUAUGGUUGAUCUGCUGUAGUGAUUCAAAUUCUCAAAGCACCAUAACCAUUACAGCCUGCUGUAGUUAUGUUGCCAUAAGUGCACUAUUGUCUUUCCAGCAUAGUCAAACUAUUUAAGAAAGUUUUGUAAAGGUAUCUGGGUACUGCCAGUCUCCUGCUGCCACCUCCCUUCUGUUCCUUCCAUUGAGCAAAGCCAGUCUACUCAGGGCUACGCUGAUUGCCUGAGAGUGCUCAGUUGAUGCACUUAGCUUGGAGGAGCAUAUAACAGCAGGUGAAAGCAGCACCUGGUAUUAUUACAGUCAGUUGUUGAACUGUUCUUGAACACUUUGGCUGCUUGUUUGGGAGGCGGCGGGACACUCAUGGCACCAUAACCACUAAAGCUGGCUGUAGUAGUGAUGGUGCCAGGCAUGUUCAUUUAAGCGCAUGUUGGGGGGGGGAUAAGGGCAGGUGUAAGUGGUUAUGGGAUAUUUAAUAUAAAAUCCUGAGGUGAAGAAAAAUAAAAUUGAAGCAUUUACUGCCUGUGCUCUGUGCAUAUCAUGCUUAAAGAGAUGACCCUGUAUGCCUUUAUGAAAUAUCAACAGCAAUUCUCUCACUGAUGCUUUUCAUGCCAUUUUAUUUCUGUGCCACUCUGAAUCUUAAUCUGGAUUUAGUUUCUUUGUUGGUGCUCACAUAGUGCUUACCUUUGAAUAACUUCACAGUGGGCUGUAAUACAUGAACGAGUGUCCCUAGCUACUAAUAGCCCCAUAGACCUGCGUCUGAUUCCACCAUAAAGUCUGGUGUGGGGUGAAGAUCACUUUACUGUUCCAGGCCUGCAUGUGGUAACCACUAGCAAUGUUCAUUCCGAAUGUCUAAAGUGAGUGGAUCCAUCUGCUCGUAGGAUGGCAUAUCUUGAAGGAAUCUGGUCUUUAGGUGUUGGGUAGCCUGAUAGUGAAGUGGGGUCAGAGUGAUAGCCUCUAGAUGAGCCAAAUGAUGGAGAGCAAUCUGGUCUUCUCGAGGAACUCUUUUGAUUUUCUUCGUUAUCGAGGGGAUUUUUGACUGAGGCAGACCUAACACCCAAGUGGUGGCAUCUAUCUCAAAUCCUAGAAACAGAAUCAUAUGUGAUGGAAAGGCGAUUUAUUUCUCCCCCCCCCCCCCAGUGAGUAUAUCGCAAAUCACGUGUGAGACUUCAGUCUUUAUGGUUCGGCAGAGAAAAGCAACAGAUUGUCCAGAUAGAUGAGACAACUUAUAGCAUUGGAACUCAGACCACGACACGACAAAAUAAGGGGCAGCUGUGAGGAUCUAUCAGGAUGGAUAGAUACGUGUCUUUCAAAUCUAGGCGUGCAAACCGAUCUCCUGGACGAAGGAUAUCCAUCUUGAAAUUACGGUACGCUGCAAUGUUGUAGAGACGAGUCACGAAGCGGUGGAAGACUCCACUUUUUUUUUUUUUUUUUCGAACUAGGAAAAUUUUCCUGAAGCAUUUGCCCUCAUCUGGGACAUAUUGCACAGCACCUUUCACGAAUAGUCCUGACCUAAUGUGUUUUACAGCCCACCUCCUAUAGAAUGUAAGCUCGAUUGAGCAGGGUCCUCUUCAACCUAUUGUUCCCGUAAGUUUUUUGUAAUUGUCCUAUUUAUAGUUAAAUCCUCCUCUCAUAAUAUUGUAAAGCGCUACGGAAUCUGUUGGUUCUAUAUAAAUGAUGAUGAUAAUAAUAAUAGUGAUCUCACUUUGUCGUCAUAGAUGAGGGAUUGAUGGUCCGCAGUUAGCAAUCCGGUACCAGUGCUGAGUGGAACUCUAUAAUGUAGCGUUUUACUGUUUGUAGCACCCACCCAUUUGAGGAUUAAUCCCUCCAUCCGUGGAGAAAUUUAGACAGUCUGCCUUCAUGCAAUAGACUGGCAAGGUAUAAGAGAGCAAAUGUCACCAUUAGACAGUCUGACAUGACUUCUUCUGUCUUUAACAGUUGGGAAGUGAAAGUCCGGGUCACAAAAUUCUCACAAAAUCUCAGAACUGCAAUCAAAAUAACCUAAUGGUGGAAAAAAUAUAUCUAAGUAUUCUUGUAGUGUAUAUUUUUUUCCCAAGCGUAAUGCAUGCCCACCAUAAUAAGCAGCAGUGAUAAGAAUAGUAGCUAACACCUCUCUGCAUCAGGCAUCAAAAAAGAGAACAUCUAAACGUUUGUUCUGGGAUAGCUUCAAGCCAUCCAUGGGUCACGACCAGUCUGGGCCAGGAAGAUGGAUACUGUAGAGUCAAAUUGCGGUCUCUGUGACCUUGUCUGGCAAGCAGGGUAUCAGGCAUUCAGUCAGGAGUCAGUUAUGGACCUCUCUAUCUAGAGGUCUGUGAAGCCAGGAGUGGACAAACUGUGCCAGAUUAUCUGGGAGUGACCACUCCGAGGAACUCUGGUGUCUGCUGGUUAUCUGGUUAAGCAAAAGUUGUCCAGAUGAAUCCAGAAAAAAAAAAUGUCUGAAAGGGUCAUGAUUGGAAGAUAGAAACAUAGAAUGUGACGGCAGAUAAGAACCAUUCGGCCCAUCUAGUCUGCCCAAUUUUCUAAAUACUUUCAUUAGUCCCUAGCCUUAUCUUAUAGUUAGGAUAGCCUUAUGCCUAUCCCACGCAUGCUUAAACUCCUUUACUGUGUUAACCUCUACCACUUCAGCUGGAAGGCUAUUCCAUGCAUCCACUACCCUCUCAGUAAAGUAAUACUUCCUGAUAUUAUUUUUAAACCUUUGUCCCUCUAAUUUAAGACUAUGUCCUCUUGUUGUGGUAGUUUUUCUUCUUUUAAAUAUAGUCUCCUCCUUUACUGUGUUGAUUCCCUUUAUAUAUUGAAAUGUUUCUAUCAUAUCCCCCCUGUCUCGUCUUUCCUCCAAGCUAUACAUGUUAAGAUCCUUUAACCUUUCCUGGUAAGUUUUAUCCCGCAAUCCAUGAACCAGUUUAGUAGCCCUUCUCUGAACCCUCUCUAAGGUAUCAAUAUCCUUCUGAAGAUACGGUCUCCAGUACUGUGUACAAUACUCCAAGUGAGGUCUCACCAGUGUUCUGUACAAUGGCAUGAGCACUUCCCUCUUUCUACUGCUAAUACCUCUCCCUAUACAACCAAGCAUUCUGCUAGCAUUUCCUGCUGCUCUAUUACAUUGUCUGCCUACCUUUAAGUCAUCAGAAAUAAUCACCCCUAAAUCCCUUUCCUCAUAUGUUGAGAUUAGGACUCUAUCAAAUAUUCUGUACUCUGCCCUUGGGUUUUUACGUCCAAGAUGCAUUAUCUUGCACUUAUCCAUAUUAAAUGUCAGUUGCCACAAUUCUGACCAUUUUUCUAGUUUACCUAAAUCAUUUGCCAUUUGGCUUAUCCCUCCUGGAACAUCAACCCUGUUACAUAUCUUAGUAUUAUCAGCAAAAAGACAUACCUUACCAUCUAGACCUUCUGCAAUAUCACUAAUAAAAAUAUUAAAGAGAAUGGGCCCAAGUACAGAUCCCUGAGGUACCCCACUGGUGACAAGUCCAAGCUUUGAAUAUAUUCCAUACAACCCUCUGUUGCCUGUCACUCAGCCACUGCCUUACCCAUUCAACAAUAUUGGAAUCCAAACUUAAAGAUUGCAGUUUAUUGAUAAGCCUUCUAUGUGCAACAGUGUCAAAAGCCUUACUGAAAUCUAGGUAAGCAAUGUCUACUGCACCACCCUGAUCUAUAAUUUUAGUUACCCAAUCAAAAAAAUCAAUAAGAUUAAUUUGGCAUGAUCUCCCUGAAGUAAAUCCAUGUUGUCUCUGAUCUGGAUGUGGAAGCCUUCCACGACCAAUUCCCUGACAUAGUGAAUCAUCGGGGUUCUCCCACAUUGGCGGCGGCAGAGUGUCUAGUCUGCCACUCACCCAACUCAGGAAGAAGGGAAUAGUCUUCCUCAUCAGAGAGAAAACGUCUGUGUGUAAACUCUCUAGUUCCACUGCCCUUCUGAGGCGAUUGGCUGGGCCUUCCCUUUGUGGGAGCGAGGUUCCGGUCAGACUAUUUCCAAUAGUGUUUAACGCCUUUUGUCGCCCUCUCACUGAGACAUCAGACUCUGCAGAGUUGUCUGCAGAAUGUGAGGUGUCUGGGAUCCAUUUGGGCUGGAUGGCCUUUUUCUUAUGUAGUGGUGGGAGUACUUUCACCAGAGGUGUUUUGUUUUUUGAAGAAAAAAAACUUCCCCCUCUCUUCCACUGAUGCCUCCACCGUGGAAUUAAUUUACGCUUGCAAACUUGGUCUUGAGUUGGUGACUCACCCAUGAUUGUGUAUAGUUAGGAGGCAACCGGGGAACCUAUAGAUUGGAAAUAUCUGAUAAGGAAAAAACAUCCUGACAAUAACUAGUAACAGGCAGUAGCUCAAUUUAAGUAUAACCCAAAGUGUAUGAUUAUGCAGGCUGUUGCUGCUUACAGUACCUGCAUAUCUGAUGUUAAAGCUUCUUUAGUGUCUCUCCUUUAUAAUCUGUUGUAUCAAGAAGUACAGCAAAGGUUUCCUGAAGUGGGAGCUCAGUCCUGGCACAGAAAGCCUUGAAAUUGUACACAAUGUACAGUUAAAUUGGUAGAUACAAUAUAUGGACAAAAGUAUUGGGACACCUGACCAUUACACCAGAAGGGACAUUUGACAUUGCAUUCUAAAUGCAUAUAUGUUAAUAUGUAGUUUGUCUCCCUUUUGCAGCCAUAACAACUUUCACUUUUCUGGGAAGGCUUUCCACAAGAUUUUGGGGUUUUUCUGUGUGAAUUUUUGCCCAUUUAUUCAGUAGAGCAUUUGUGAGAUCAGGCACUGAUGUUGGACAGGAAUGCCUCAGCUUGCAAUCUACAUUCUAGUUCAUCCCAAUGGUUUUUGAUGGGGUUGAGGUGAGGGAUCAGUUCUUCCACACCAAACUCAUCCAAUCUUGUCUUUAUGGACCUAGGUGAGUUUACGUUGUCUUCUGCUUUGUUGCUAAGUUGCCGCUUCCACUUUCCAAUAAUACCACUUACACUUGACUUUGGUAUAUCUAGCAGGGAUGACCUUUCACAAACUUAUUGCAAAGGUGGCAUCCAAUUAUAAUCCCUUUCUUGAAUUCACUGAACACUUCUGAACGACCCAUUUUUUCCACUCGUAAAUAAAGGCUGCAUAUCUAGUUUGAUUUUAUAAACCUGUGGCAAUGGGCCUGAUUGAAACAACUGAAUUCAAUAAUUAAGAGGUGCACCUAAAUGAAAUUCUGGGCCGAAAAUCUAGGAUGCACUUGGCCGAAAACCGAAAAUGACUUUUUCCCCCAAAUGAUUUUAAAAAAGUGUUGUUAAUAUUAGACUUUUUAAUGAAUUUAAUCUAAUAUGAAAAAUCCCCCCCUGCUUAAUGUUCCUCUCCCUCUCUUUUUUUUAGUGUUCUUUCCUCCCCCCUCCCGUGUCUCAGUGGUUUUUUUUUUUUCUCCCCCCUCUCCGUCCCAUAGUGUUAUUUUUGCCCCUCCCCUGUCCCAUAGUGUUCUACCCCCCCCCUUCCCAAGUGCAGUAUUCUUGACUUUUCAUGUUAUCAUUACUAUAUUUCAUUGUGAUCUAUAAUCAUCUGAAUUGUUAAUCCAAACAUGUCUGUUAAACUAUGCACUACAAAAUAGGGAUCGACCGAUUAUCGGUCUGGCCGAUAUUAUCGGCCGAUAUUUGGUAUUUUCGGCAAUAUCGGUAUCGGCCAAUUCAGAUACCGAUAUUGCCGAUAAUAUAUAACAGGACCGCCGGGCCCAUUACAAGCCCGGCGGUCCUGUGGGGGCCAGCAGCAAGCGCUGACUUACCUUGCAGCAGCUCCCUGUGUAAAUCUCGCGAGACCCGCGGCCGCAGAGCGUUGCCACGGGUUACCAUGGCAACGCUCCGCGCGGCACUAAGAGCCGCGAGAUUUACACAGGGAGCUGUAGGAGCUGCUUGCAAGGUAAGUCAGCGCUUGCUGUUGCUGAGCCACCACUGUACUUAAUAAGCCACUGGACCAGCAGGGAAUACUAUAUCCCCCUCCCUGGUAAGAAGCAGGGAGGGGGGACUAAACAAACAAUUUUUUUUUUAAAUAUUAAAAAAAAUUACACAAAUUACAUCACUACACAAACACACACACACACUACACAGACACACACUAGGGGGGGACUAAACAAAAAAAAACAUUUAAAUAUUAAAAUAAAAAAUUACACAAAUUACAUCACUACACUGCACACACACUGCACACACACUGCACACACACUGCACACAUACUGCAUUACAUACACACACUACACACACACUGCACAAUACUGCAUUACAUACACACACUACACACACACACUACACAAACACACACUACACACACACACACACUACACAAACACACACUACACACACUACACAAACACACACUGCGUUACAUGCACACACACUGCGUUACAUGCACACACACUGCGUUACAUGCACACACACUGCGUUACAUGCACACACACUACACAAACACUGCGUUACAUGCACACACAUACACACUACACAAACACACACACUGCAUUACAUACACACAUACACACUGCAUUAUACACACACUGCAUUAUACACACACUGCAUUAUACACACACUGCAUUAUACACACACUGCAUUAUACACACACUGCAUUAUACACACACUGCAUUAUACACACACUGCAUUAUACACACACUGCAUUACAUAUACACUGCAUUACAUAUACACUGCAUUACAUAUACACUGCAUUACAUAUACACUGCAUUAUACACACACUGCAUUCAUUAUACACACACUACACAAACACACACUCUGCAUCCACUACACACACUACACAAACACACACAGUUCCCCUGUCUAAACACACUUCAUCCACUACAUGUGGCAUGUAUAUUUUGUGCAUUUACCUUUCGAAUUAGUUUAUUUAUUCAAAAUAGUAAAUGUACAGAAUAUCGUCAAGAUAUCGGCUAUCGGCCUGAAAGUUCGCAGAUUAUCGGUAUCUGCUCUAAAAAAUCAAUAUCGAUCGAUCCCUACUACAAAACCAAUAAAAUUAUUUUUAAUUUCGGCAAAUUUGACCCAUUUACGGCCGACUAUUUCGGCGCAUCCAUAGUGUCCCAGUACCUUUUGUCCUAUAGUGUAUACAGCUGUGUAGCUCUUUAUGUAGACUUGUGACUCUCAUGUUUUUAGUAUCUGCAAAGAGCCAGUGCUCUUGCUUGAUCUGCAGUAUGACCCACAGUAGGAAUUGUUGAGCUUCUUUAGCGAGACCUUCCUUUAAUAUCCCUUUUCUUCUCUAUUAGAGGCACUGUUUUCUGAGAUUUUUUUUUAACCUAGAUGUCUAGCCUAGGGUAUGAUUUUUAUAAUUACAAACUGUCUUCAAGUGAUAUUCAUUACAUUUGUUUCCACCAAUAAAUGCAAUGUCUUCAUGCCUAUAUUAAUUAAGGAAAGUGGGUUUAUAUCUGCUGCUCUAGAUACAAAAAAAAAGGAAAAAGAUGGCCUUGAAAACUGCCAUCCUCACCAGAUCGGCUUUACUCAAUUUAGGUUUGGUGUAAUAUACACUUCCUAUAGAGCUUAAAAUGACUGUCACCUUCCUGGGUCUAUGCUUAUUUUGUAAAUGCCCCUGAAAGAGACCUUGCUGCUUGGUGUGCAUUGGCUGGGGGUGUCAGUGGAGAUGGGCUGAUCUUCAGCUCCUGGUGAUUCUUCUGCCAGGAGCUCACUUCAGUGAUGUUCUCUUUCCAUAUGUAUUAAGAAAAUGACACUGAUGUCUUUUGAAGGAGACCACAGAAGCCUCCAUGGAUAGUCUUGCAAGGAGUAAGAAAAUGCCUUAUAACCACAGCCUGUGCUAGGGUCAGCUGUGAAAAGUGGCAAAACAUAUGAUGGCAAUAGCUCAACCUUUUAACAUGUUUUGUUAACGUAGAGACCGUCUUUGUCAUCCAGAAUUUAUUUUUGAGCAUUUUACAGAGUGGCCAACUUGGUAACAUCGCGAUCACAUGACUCUGAUCGAUGGGAUUAACAGAUUGGUUGCAGGGGGACUGCCUGGGUUGUCAACCAGAUCCCCAACAUUUCAUUAAAGGACCACUAUAGUGCCCCCACCCUCAGGGACCCCCUCCCGUCCAGCUCUGGAAAGGGGAAAGGGGGUAAAACGUACCUUUUUCCAGCGCUGGGCGGGGAGCUCUCCGCCUCCGAUCCGCCCCGUCGGCUGAAUGCGCACGCGCGGCAAGAGCUGCGCACGCAUUCAGCCGGUCGCAUAGGAAAGCAUUAUCAAUGCUUUCCUAUGGACGCUGGCGUGCUCUCACUGUGAAAAUCACAGUGAGAAGCAUGCAAGCGCCUCCAGCGGCUGUCAAUGAGACAGCCGCUAGAGGCUUUGGGGGAAGGCUUAACCCAUUGAUAAACAUAGCAGUUUCUCUGAAACUGCUAUGUUUUAUAAAACAAUGGGUUAACCUUAGCUGGACCUGGCACCCAGACCACUUCAUUAAGCUGAAGUGGUCUGGGUGCCUAGAGUGGUCCUUUAAUAACAUUUCUUAAUUAUACAUUAAUCUAUACAUACAUUUAAAAUUAAAUUAUAUAGAUGUGUGUGUGUAUAUAUUUAUUUGUGUGAGUGUUUAUGCGUACUCAUAAUAGUUUGAUUCCUGUGUUUUUUUUUGUUUUGUUUUUUCAAGACCUGCCUGAUUACAAGCUCUUUAACAUCCUGUAACUUUUCAAAACCCCAUAAAACUUUUACAGGGGAGAUACUGUUGUACUUUUGAGACUUCGCUGAACAAAACAUAUGUUUAGAACAGUAACAAGUAUAGUGACGACGAUAUCAGUGAAAGUGCAGCAUUUGUGUGAAAAAUUGCUAAAAGCAAACAUAAACAUAAUUUGGCCAGUGUUUGUGACUAAGUGGAUUCUAAAAAUAGACUGGACAUAUGGACAUAACCCAUUUUGAAUACCCUGGGUUGUCUACUUUUGCAGACAGUGUGCCAUUCCUGGGCUGCCAUACGGUCUCAUAGGCAGCAUAAAUCCAGCAAGCCAAUCUGGCAAAUUUCAUUGUGUAAAAACAUAAUCACCAUAUUUGACCCUGUAACUUUCCAAAACUCCAUGAAACCUGUACACGGGGACAUCGUUGUACUCGUGGGACACCACAACAUACAUAUGUUUUUUAUUGCAGUAAAAGCUAACAGAGUAUUUUGAUCAAAGUAAAAAUGCCACACUGUGCAGCAAUGCCCCAGGAAGCACCUCCCAGUGGCGACUGGAGGUGUCGCUAGGGGGCAAUGUAAAAUGGCGGUAAUGAUUAUACUCCCCAAAACGACUACAUUAAGCUGCAGUUGUUCUGGUUACUAUAGUGUCCCUUUAAUUUCUCACACAUUUUUAGAUUCUCCUGAACAGAAUGAUAUAUGUGUGGGUACACUUAAUAUGAAAGGGAUAAAUUAUGGUUCAAAAGAUGUAUCGCUCAAAUGCUAGGUUUUGUUUUGGCUCGUAACGUGUGCAGUUGCCUCUGUCCUUUUAAAUUUCAGUUAUCUGAUUUACUGUCAAGUAUAUAGGUCUGUUUGGGUAUUCCACUUCUUUUUUUAAAAUACGCUUUAUUACAUAAGUGUUCUGACUGUUCAAAUUAUUACUUAUCACUACUGAGUGCCAAAAACCCUGCCAAAUCUUUCUUUGGGUUGGUUUUUACAUUUUUUCUUUCUUUCUUUUGGUCUGAUUAAUUGUAAGAUAUUCUUCUGUUUAUGCUUUGUAUAUACAACCAACCAAAAGGUAUAAAGAGAUCAUUGUUUAGAGUUUUUGCUCUAGCAGGAAAAAAAAAAUCAUAUCUUUGGUGUUUCAUGCAUGUACACUAUUGUGGAAAAAGAACCAUUUUGUAUAAGCUAUGCUGCCACUUUUUUCAUGUAAUUCAUAUAUUUGUAAUGGUGUAAUCUAUACACUGUGUAUACUAACCUGGAGUUUGUCUCCUUCAUCCACCAUAAAUGCAGAUAUGGGUGUGAACACAUGCUUCCCGAUUUCUCUUAACACAACUUAGUGUGGCAUCACAUGGUCCAGUUUAAGCAUUGUGGGGCAUAUGAUCAGGGGAGCCUUGAGAAUUCUAUACAUUUCAGAUUUAUUAAGGUCCAUUCUUAAAAUGGACCUUAGGAAGCACUUAUGAACCUUUUUACUGAUUGUUUUUGUUUUUUCUUUCUUCUUCCCCCUUUUUUUAGUUCUACCUCCUGUAUUAGUGCCACGACAUACAGAGAUCUUAACAGAAUUACCACCACUUGAUGACUACACGCAUUCCAUUCCGGAAAACACUAACUUUCCUGCAGGGAUUGAACCGCAGAGCAAUUAUAUACCAGGUAAAUUUACUGUAGUUAACACGGUGUCAUUGAAACUGUCAUCUUAAAGGAACAGUAAACAAUUUCAAGGGCACCCGAUCUAAGAGAAUUGAUGAUAUGCUCUUAUGGUGUCUGCUGGUCAUCACUGAAGCCACUAGAGACUAGCAAACCAAGUCUCCAAAUACACACUCGAAACAGUUCCUGUACUUCUGGUAGGCAUCUGAAGAGUGGCCACUGGAAGUAUCCCUAGGCUGUAAUGUAAAUACUGCCUUUUCUCUGCACAAAGCCUGCAAGGACUGACUAUACUCACCAGAACUACAUUAAGCUGUAGUUGUUCUGGUGACUACAGUGUCCAUUUAAGAAUUGCAUUUUUCUGGUUGAUGAUGAAAAUUUGUAAAAACUGGCUCCUAACUUUUUUAGCUGGCUCCUUGAUUCCAAAUAAUUUUGUCAAGCCCUGGUGUAUAUAAAUAAACUUAGAAUUACAUUAUUUUUUAAUUCACUUUUUUUUCACUUCUAAAUGUUGUGGGACCUGCCUUAUAAAAGGCAGAAAUUGCAGAGAAUUUAAUUUGCAAGCUCUUUGACACCCUGUAACUUUUCAAAACCCCAUAGAACUUGUACCGGGGAGAUACUGUUGUACUUGUGAGACUUUGCACAAAUAUGAGUGUUUUAGAGCAGUACAGCAUAUAUAGUGCCGUGUUGCGUGUUUUUUCCUGUGCUAAACUGAAGAUGAUGGAGGCAUAAGCACAUACAGUACCCAUCAGGAGUUUGUGUUCUGAGUAGAGUUUUAAACCCAAAGUGAUGUAAAACUAAUUUGGUUUAUUAAUGCCAGUGAUGGGGGAGAAAUAAAGGUUUUUAAAGUGCUGUCAUAUUCUUCACCAAUGUUACACAGCUAGAAGCACUUUACUAUAUCGGUGACCUUGUACAUAACAAUUUGAGUCUCCUUCCCUUUUACAGCUUUGCAGCACUUUUUUUUUCUUCUUUCUUCUUCUUCAGAACACAUCACUUUCAUAAAUCACUCCCAAUCAAUUUAGGUUAAAAUAGUUUUUUUAAGCAUGUUUUAUUUGUUCAGUGCUGCAGAAUAUGCUAGGGGUUUAUAUAAAAAUUAAGAGCUGUACGAAUAAUACAUGAUCUACCUGUCUCGACCCAUCUAUAAUCUGUAUAAUAUGUUUGUUUUCAAAUGUAAUAUGUAAAUUCCAAAUACAGCAGUAUGCUUACUAAAUAGGGCCGUAUGUACAGUUUCACUUUGAUUAUGGAAGGGUCUUCAUGUUAUGGAGCAAUCUGAUGUAAUAAAAGCAGCACUGUCUCCGCCUCGGGACUUUCCAUAACAUGCAAAGCCACUGACCGUGACAAUGCCACUAGGAGAAGGCUGGCUGGGUUGGGGCAGGUGUCACAAACGUGGACUAUUGGCCCAGCUGAGACAGUGGGGGAGAGAGUGGAAGUGAAAGGAUUAACGACACCAGACCCCUGGUUACCUGUUACUAGUCACAGCAACCACUAAAUUAACCCCUGCAAUCCCUUCUACACUAACACUAUUACACACUUUACUGCCACCACCAAGUAUUUAUAUCCGGGUGUCUUAGGUUACCCCACACACAGGAGAAAUAUAGUAUCACAACCUUACGUUACUGAUCAGACAUAUAUAACGUGCUUACCUGAGCUUUACUCAGGAAAGUGAGCUCCUAGAGAACAAAGACACAAGCUAAUUAAGUAAACAUUUAAUCUGACAAAAAUGAUUCACAGUGCUGUGUAAAAAAAGACAGAAAUAAAUAACAUACAGAAACACAGAUCCAAAAUUGCAACACAGUCCAUAAAAUAGGAGAAAAAACAAAUCUUUACAUAUAGUUACCCCUUAUAUAUAAUUUUUGUGUAAGAUUCAGAUGUUACAGAUCUCCAAGUAGUUGUUGGGUAAAAUACUUCCCCUGGAUAAUGCUCAUUAUAUAUCUGAAACUAGUUGUUUCUAAGUGGGUGGAUCAGAGGGGUUUGGCCUGGCAAUUUAUUGUCCACUCCAUAUUUUCUUAAAUUAUGUUGUUCUUUGAAUAACACAAAGUCAGAGCAUACUCACCAAUACUUUUUAUGACACUAUGUCCAGCUCUGGUGAUGGUUAUCUAGUCGUUACAUUUUAUGGCUUAGGCCUGGGGUUGGAUCCAAGCCUACAAUAAAUGUUAUCCCAACAUGUACAACAACUCUUAACAUAUAUCAAAUGCCAGCUCAUGCUUUGACAUGCCAGCAGGCAAAAGUGAGUUCAACUUACCUGAACUUGUCCCUACAGUCUGGUAGAAAGAGUCUAUUUCCUGCAGCCGUGGUGACAUCUGGGGUAUUGACACUUCUAGGUGACGGUAGCUCCGCCCAGUAUCCAGAAGUGUCGGGCAUAGGAAACCUACUGAGACAAAGUAGCCCCUACUUUGUCUCAGUAUAUCUUUUAACUGGGUUGGAAUUUCAGUGAAAUUCUAACACAGUCAAUGUGAAUAAUUCAUAAAGAUUUUAACUUGCCUCCUUACCUUCCCCUUUGCUCCAGAACUGGAGUUCAAUCUGCAAGAAAAUGCCUUCCCUGCCAAGGCGCAUUAUUCUUUCCUUUUACAUCUCUAGUGCUCCCCACAAUACUGCAACAACAUUUGUAGUUCAUGUCUGCAUUCCAGGACACUUAUAGAGCGUCUUAACAUUGUUAUGGUGUAUCCGGGACAUUCUAAAAAAUAAAAAAAUUCUCACUCUAUAUAUCAAUAUCAAAUAUCAGUUUAUUUCUGUAUGAUACUUGCCUUGUAUAGCAAGUAUGAAUCUAUUAAUCUGCAUACAUUUUUGUUUCCCUAGAAACUCCACCUCCUGGAUACAUUAGUGAAGAUGGAGAAACUAGUGACCAGCAAAUUAACCAAAGCAUGGACACAGGUAAAGUUUUUGACCAAUGUAUUCUCAUUAGAGCAGUAGUUCUUAACUGUUGGGUUGGCACCCAAGGAUGGGAUCCAUGUGCCAUCUUAAUUGGAGCACUUGGUUGAGGCAUCAUCUACAUCAAUCCUCAAACUAUUGUUGUUUCCUGUAACAGCUUUGCUUUCCCCUGAGUGGUAGAUUCCCUUUGAGGGACUGUAUGUGAGGUUUAGUUUAUAGUUCUAUAUUUUUGCCAUUGAACAAUGGCUUACUAUGCCAAUGCCUGGUCAAUAUAAAGAAUUGUUGCAUUUGGAUGGUAUAUUCUUGUGUUGGUUAUAAAAAUAACCUGCUGAACUCACUUGGCCGCAAGUGUCUAAUAACCUUGUCCCAGGUGCAUUAUUUCAUAAGUUUCUGAUAAAGGGUUUCAUGACCUUCACAGAAGUAUCUGCUGCAAAUUUAGUUUUCCAGCAGCAUUGAUGUUGACUGACGAACCUUUAGUUUGGAAACUGAUUUUAUUUUGGUUCAGGACAUCCUGAAAGUGUCCCUAUUGCUGAUGGCAAGAGCUGGAGGUAGGGCCGGGUCAGCAAGACUUUUUUUUUUUUGUAAAGAGUGAGAAUAGUAGAGCGGCUAUAAAUGCAGCUGUUAAGUUGAAUAUCUUAAUUCUAGCUUUUCAUAGCUGUGGUAAAUGUUUGUUUCGUUUAAGUGGUACAAGCACUUUGAAUGUUGGUUUGGUUUUAUUUACAGUAUAAUUCUUUAUGUAUGUUUUACAGCAAUGCAUAUUUCCAGUUAACAUUGCUGUGUGUUUAUAGUGAUCAUACAUUCAAUACAGAAAGGGAUUUGGAGGGUGUACUGUAUGUGCCAUGUGUUAAGGUGUUUUGUUAGACAAGUGUACUGUUUGAGUUCAAGGUUAAGUUGUAGGUCAUAUAAAAUAUUCUUUAAUAUAAAUCUGAGAGCAACUCAACAUUACAAUAGGGAAUUUCUUUGGUUUUAAAAAUUGGAAGAAUUUGUUUGGAAUUCCAUCGAUCUCAGUCUCUUACGGGAAAACCCUAAGCAUUCUUAAUUAUUUAAAAAUUAUACAUGCAUUGUAUCUACUGUGUGUGUGAUUUUUGUAAUGCGUUCUUAUAAGUCAGUAACUACUCUGAUUGCAUAUCCUGGAUCGCUCCUUCUCUAUGGGGCCAUCUGGAAUUCCGCUUUGUUUGAAUGCGCUGCCUUUUGACCAAGAAAGAGGCAGAUCAUGAAGAAGAGCUAGAUAUUUUCAAGAUCCCUGACAUAAUGGGGCUGGGCAGCUCAAAAAAUAUUUUUACAGUUUCAAACUUGAGUAAGUUGUGGUUCUGGCCAUAGAGGACAUAAGAUUACUGCAAUCACAAAGCAAGGAUAAGCCAAGAGAUGCACUAAAAAGUGGUAUUAACAAUAAUCUGUAAAGAUGAUAUAUUGCAAAUCUUUUAAGUAUAAAAAAUAUAAAGUUAACUUUUCUCAUUUAACUCCAUAUGGCUGCUUAGCAAUUCACAAAUGUUUUUAUCAUUUCCAGGUUGGUGUAUUUUAGUUGUCUAACUUGUGAGAUAUCAGGACCUAGUCAGCAGACACCUUAGACUUCUUGGACAAUAGAGACCAGCUGAUUGAUCUUUUUCUUGUAUUGCACAGGGUCACCAGCGGAACUUUCUCCUAGUACACUUUCUCCAGUCAAUCAUGGUCUUGGUGAGUGUAUAUCACAGUAUUCACUUGUAAUCUCCAUGUGUUGUCAUUAAAGGACCACUCUAAUGCCAUAAUGCCUCCAAAGCUUCAGUUGCCAUUCUCAGACAAUAAAUACUGUUUACACUUUGUAUGAGUUUUUGUGAUCAUGGAGAAGUAUGCGCUUCCGCUUUGUGAGACCAGAAAGACUGCUUGUGCCCAACACUGUAAGGUAGAUGUCAAACUGUUUGUUUGUGAACAGGUUGACAAAUUACCUACAGAUGGAGACUGUGGACUCCUGAUCCCAUAAGCACUAUAAUAUGCUGUAGUGGUUGUGAAAUGUAGCUUUCUUUUCAUUUCAGGACUUUACACUUUUCAAAUUUUAUUUUUUUAUUCUUUAUUAUGAUGGUACAUAGCAAAGAUAUUAUCAGUACAGUGCAGGUACAUCUGACAUUGGCAGUAGAAGUGUGCAUUAACAAAGCUAUAACAAAGCACUUUUUAAAUUUUUAUAUAUAUAUCUAUCACAAUAACAGGAUUUAACAAUUUGAGCUCAUCUGAGAGGAGUUGUAGGUGGUAAGUAUUAGAUGAGCGUAGGCUCUCAGGUGCUCCCAUGUGGUGGGUAAGAGAUAUGUUCGAGGGUCUGUGUCGAGGAUAGUAGUGGGAUGGUGUAUGAAUGUUUUUAGAGAGAUGCGUGAGUUCUCCCGUUUUAUGGGAUAUCGAUUGCCUAGAGGCUUGGAAAGAGGAUUGUGUGGGUGAGAUUUGCUUGGCGCAAAACAGCAAAGCUUAUGGGGAGAUAUGUCUCCUUAUCGUUAUGAUACCCCUAACCCAGUCCCCGAGUGUUGUCUGGUGUCAGCUGUCUGUGAGUCUCCGGCUCUCGGGACGAAGGGGGUGAUGCGGGCAUGGUCCCAGGUGGUCGACUGUGGUUCCUUAUUACUUUCUGCCAGUCCCAGUGCUUUUUAGAAAGGCCGGUGCCCCUUUGAUCGACGUGAGUGUAUGAUUAGUUCCGUUGUGGGUUACCACAAGAGUAACUGGAGCUCCCCAGCGGUAGGUUAUGGUUGCAGAUCUUAGUUGAGAGAUGACUGACCCCAGUGAUUUCCACCAGACAAGAGUGCUUUUUGUGAGGUCUUGGUAAAAGGUUAAUGAUGAGACUUUAAAAGUCAGUGGUGCCCUAUUCCUCAAUGCCAUCAUGAUCUGGUUUUUGUCUUGCGAGGUUAAGCAGCGAAGGAGGACGUCUCGUGCUUGAUGUUUUAAGUGCACCCGUGAUGCGAUAAACUCAGUCAAUGACCACUUUUUGGCGGCUGUGUGGGCUAAUAUAGAGGAAAGUAAUCUGCGGGUAUAGUGCGGGAUUUCUGUUGUCACGUCAGUAGGGAUGCCACGUAUUUUAAUGUGGUUCCUGCGCUGUCUGUCUUCCAGGGCCGAGAUUUGGUGAGCCAUGGUGACUUGGUGUGUUUGGAGUUGUUGCACUGUCUCUUUAAGGGCUGAGAUUUCAGUUCUGGCAUUGAGUAUGUCCUCUUCCGAGGCUUGCACACAGUCCGUGAUGGCUUGAAUAUCAGUUCUCAGCAGCGUGAGAUCAGCAGCCCACAGUGUAUGGAUAUCACUAAGCAAGAUUUUCAAGUCCUGUUUGGUUGUGGGAGCUGACCCAUCUGAGGUGUCAAGUGUGUGCAGCAGACUUGCCUGGGUGAGUGGCGUGGCCUCCUGCCCUUCUUGUGCCCGGUUCUCGUUCCGGUCCACUGCUGUAGUCCGCUUGGGCUGUGCAGGCUGUCUGAGCAUAGCCCCUAUGUCUCUGUCAUCGGCCACGGUAGUCGGUUUUUGGGAGAGGCUACCCGUAGCGGUCUGGCAAUCUGGCGGUGUCAGGUAGGCAGUAGGUUCUGUUCCCAGCGGGGGCUGUGUGAUGUUGCCGCAUAGGAGUGCCUCCAGUCCCAGGCUCAGAGGGGUGCAGUAGGCCGCAGACUUGCGCCGUGGUUUGGAGUGUUUUGGCGUGAGAAAGGAAUCUAUCGAUGCGUUGUGACUCGGGGAGACCAGCUGGAGGAGUAAGGAUGGGUCUUCGUUCUCACGAUAUUCGGUUAGAUAAUGUAGGUUGUUUGAGUUUUGUUAGAGAUGGCGUCCGUUCGUCAGUCUUGCAAGCUCCCCCUUCUCCACCCCCCCGACUUUACACUUUUUAAAGCAAUAUGUGAAGAUGUUUGAAGGACUUAUGGAAGAAGUUACUCUAGUGUUUUAUGUACGUAGUGCUGUAUCUAGUAUCUGUAUGAUGGGAUGGUGAUUGGUUAACAUUAUCACAACACUGCAUACCCACUAGUUGGGGGGAAAAAAAAGUAGGAUGUAUAUUUCUGCCUCAAAUAAUUAGGAAUUAUUCACAUUUAAUUGCAGGUCUGAGUGACUGGUUAAAAUGAGAUGCAAUCAAAUCUAUUUAUUUAAAUUGGAGCACUUGCUUAUAAGUCAAAUUGGUAUUAUAUGUGACCUUAUCUCAUCUUCUAAACUAAAGCUGAAUUACUUUUUUUUGCUGUUCUAGAUUUGCAGCCUGUUACUUAUUCGGAGCCCGCAUUUUGGUGCUCAAUAGCGUAUUAUGAACUUAAUCAGCGAGUGGGAGAAACCUUCCAUGCGUCGCAGCCUUCACUAACUGUGGAUGGAUUCACAGAUCCUUCAAAUUCGGAGCGGUUCUGUUUAGGUCUACUCUCGAAUGUAAACCGGAAUGCCACAGUGGAAAUGACUAGGCGUCAUAUAGGUAUUUUCCUUUCUUCUUUUCUAUUUAUUAACAAUUCACAAAAAGGAACAGCCUAAUAUAUACUGUUUUUCCAAUUAGAAAAUUAGAUUACAAAUCUAUUUAAUUUAACAGUAACAAGCUUGCAAA